UUAUUUCCUCGAUGUAAUUAAUCGAAAAUUGAAGUACGAUGAAGUAAGAGAUUCAGCCAUGCCCACGAGGAAUCUGGAGGUAGUGGAUAUUUUAGAAGCCCUCGAAUCGAAGCUCGCGUACAUUCCAGGAGGACGUGAUCGGGAAGGAAGACCUUUGAUGGUGGUCAAUGUUCCCUCAGAACUUCAACCGACCACGAAGCCAAGGUUGGAAGUAUUGAUCGCCUAUUUUUUGUCCAUUUUUAGCGAGGAGACGAAGAGGAAUGGAUUGGUCUUGAUAGUGGACGCGAGAAAGGGUGCAUGGAGGGUGGCAAGGUCUUGCAUCAGGUUGUCUACUGUGCUUCUGGGAGCAUCCGUGGCAUCCGUCAUCGUGGUGCGCCCUGAUGGCUUCUGGGACAAGAGGGUGGACAGUUGCACUAAAUCGCACAAAGAAGGAGAGCCGACGUACCUCACCCUGACGAGGCUCCAUCUCCACGUCGAUUUCGCACAGCUGCCGUACGAGCUGGGUGGCAACAAAUUUUACGAUCACGUGGAUUGGAUCCAGAAGCGCGUGAAAGUGGAGGACUACGCCAAGGAUGCGUCCGAUCUCAUCGCUAAAAUGGCAGAUUUACACCGAAGACUGAUCAGUUUGGACGGAUUUCGAAUGUCAGAGUCGGACGACGAUUUGGAAUCUUAUUGGGGGAUGAGCAACGAAUUGACAGCUCAUGCACGACACAUUCUUCAGUCAGGAAGAAAUUUAGUCGGUUCGAUGGCCAGAGAAUCUUCGAAAGAUACAUUGGACAGUACAAAAAGAAUUCACGAGCUUAUCGACUCCAUCGAACUGAAGAAGUUGGACAUAGAAAAUUCUUGGUCAGAAAUGGAGAAGAAUUUGGAUACAGCCAGGGUGAUUGGUGAUCUCGAAAAAGGUGUGUCACGUGUUACAGAUUGGAUCUUGGGACCAGCUGACGCCAUGUUGAACUCUUGUUGCCAGGUUGGAUUUGACGUCUCUUCCUCGGAAGAACUUCGCAGACGUCACGAGGAACUCGAAUUAGAAUGCAGGGAAACUUAUGGACGAUACGCGGAACUGCUUCACAAGAUCGACAGUUUACCAAGCACGCGUCUAUCCGAGGAUUUGAAAUCUCAGAAGGAUUUCAUGGAUUUCGUGUGCAGAAGCUUUGCAAACAGGCUCGAGAGACGGCGAAACGUGUUAAUCACUUCGCAAAGAUUUUUCAGACUAGUUUCCGAGUACUUUGACAAAACGAGCGAGGUCUUCGAUAAAUUAGUGAUGGGCAACAGAACUCACGAUUUUUCACAAGCUGGAGCCAAUCUCUUGAAAUUGCAACAGAGCCAAGGAAUCUUGGAAUCUUUGGAACGCGAGUUGGUAAAAGAAGGUGAAAAAUUAUCGGACAUUUUGUCGAUGCCAGUGAAGGACGCGCUUGGACGCGAUGUGCAUGUUGACUAUGGCGAAGAUAUAGUCAAUGUCAGAGAUAUUUUGGAUGCGACGAACGCCAGGAAGAAUAUUUUCAAUGACAGCGUCGAGCUGCAGAAGCUCUCCCUAAAGCAGACAGCGUUGAUAUACACUUACGAAAACGAUGGCGAACAGGCUGUAAAAUGGUUGAACGAUUUGUACAAUGUUUUAUUGAAAAAUCAUAUGGAGAUCGGUUGCAACGCGAUCGAGAUACAGUCGCAGAAAGAGGAACAUCAAUCGUUUCAAGAAACUGCCAAGGGAACGUACGACUACGGUUGCCAAUUGGUGAAUGGUGCACGAGUGUUAAGGUUAUCGUGCAGACUGCCACUGGAAAGUAACGCGAUUCUGUUCUCAAGGCUGCGACAGGCUUGGAAACGGCUACGAUCCGUUGGCCAAGAACAAUUAACCAGACUGAGAGUGUGCGCCGUUUUCCAUAGAAGCGUCGAAGAUGUACGCACGCACUGUUCCAAGCUGCACGACUUAAUAGAGACCGUGGUAUCUCUGCGUCGGUCAUUGAGACUCGAGGAUCUAGCCGCGGAGGCGCGAGCCAAGGCCGAGAUAAGGAACAUCCUGGGCAAUCGCGAGAAGCUCCUCCUCGAAGUCGGUCGAAUGGUGAGGCUGGGUCGACUGUUGAGGACUCGGCUGAAGGAGCCACUCUGUCAUCAACGAAUGUCCGAAGCCGAGGAUGCCUCCUCGGGCAAAGGCAGUAACCUGACAGCGGUGGAGGCGAUCUCGGCGAGGUUGGCGGAAGUGACUCGCCUCGCCGAGAAGUUGGACGCGAAACUUUGCGAGGCUGGGGCCAGGACUCGUCCAGUUCCAAUGUCGUCGUCCGCUGUGUCCUCCUCCACCUCCUCCCUCCUCUCGUCCUCGAACGCGCCCCCCUCGAGUCAAACCCACCCGAUUUCUGCGCUCACAACUUCGUCGAUCGGGAUUACCGCGCCGUUGAUCACUUCCUCGACGGUGCAGCUUCAGCCGAAAUGCGUGUCCACGAUACUCUCCUCGGCGACGAGCAACGAGAACGUUGGCAAGGAAUGCACGACCAAGGAAUCGGUGGAGAACGGCACGGGUGUUGGUGGUGAAAGGAUGGAGAGCAAGGCUGAGGAGAAGGCUGGAACAGGGGAAGAAUGUAGGCAGGACGAUUUGAGCGGGAUGAUUGAUGAGAAGUUGAAGGAAGAAGUCGCGGAGGACGUGAUCGAAAAGUCAUUCGACGAUAAUCUAGCCGAAGAUUCGAACAUGGACGAAUACGUAACUGCGACCGAAUGUUCAAUCACUCCGACAAUUCGUUCGAGGAGCGAAUCUUUCGUUACGUCUCCAGAAUGGGAGGACCUCGCUGCUCCAACAUCCGUGGCACGUACUUGCUGCGAUACCGGGUGGAACAUCGAAGAAUCUAAUCUUAAACAGACAGAAGUUUCGAGAACAGAGAGAAUCGACCCUUUGAUGGAUAAUCCAAAACCGGAAGUCGCGGAGACGAACGAGGAGAAACAGACUGAGAAACUGGUGUCGAUGGAGAAAAGAGUCGAAGAGAAAUCCGGGAAGAUAGUGAAAGAAGUUACGGAAACGACGACUUUACGAGUGUCUCACGAUACUCGUUUAGAUAUUGCGUCUUACAAGGUGAUAUCCAACACCACGCAAGAUCAUCGAGAAAACGUAGAUGUUAAGGAAAUCAGGGAUCUCGAACGAAUCGUGUUGCCGGAUGUUCACGAGAAAACGAACGGAUCGCACUACGAGAUGGAUUCUGCUAGCAAAUCGGAGUCGUACAGUCGCAGAGACGAAUUAUCCACGAAAACGGACGACACCGAACGCGUGGUAAAAUUCGCGAAGAUCUGCGAAAUAAAUCAAGAAUCGCGCACGAUCCCUGUCGACACGUCGACAAAGGAUAUCGCUCUGUCCUUGAAGGAAUACAGACGACGCCACGAGGACAGUGGGAUCGAGAUGUCGCCGACGAAGAAAGACGAAAACUUGGAGGGCCAAGAUUUCCUCGAAGCGGCGAGGAAGAGAAGAGUUGCGAGAAUGGUAGACGGGCACGACUCGAUGGAAACGACGGAGAAUAGCGAGGGUCCUCGUGAGAAGGAAUCACGAACAAUGGUGGAGAGCAACGAGGAUGGAACCCAACAAACCACCAGCCCGACCACCACCAUAAGCACCAUAGCAGUGCAGAGCGGUGAAACGCGUCUGGUGAUCGCUCUACUUCAAAGCGGGGAAUGGCUGAGAUUGAAGGUUCUGGAGGUUCAACCAGAACUAACGAAGCUCGGUGCCACGGUGGAGGAAGCCACCGAGCUCUCGAACGCGCACGACGAGGUUCUGCUUCGAUUGCAGAGCAAACAGAGUCCGGUGGAGGAGUUGCUCCGUCAGGCUGAUCAGUUGAUCUCGAACCAGAGGCCAAGAGCGGAAGUGUACGCCGCGAUGGCGGAAACGUUGGGCCAAGCUUGGCGCGAUGUGAACGAGCUUCUGGAACGUCGAAAACAAAUCCUCGACUCCAACGUAUUAUUCCAAUGCCGAGCGGAGGAGUGUCGAGAGAGCAUGAGGGCACUGGAGAUGGCUUGCAACGACACGUUGCUGCCGAUCGAGAUCGAGGCGGUGAAGAACUUCUUGUCGAAAAUCCACGAUCUUCGAAAGAACAUGCUCGAGGCGUUGAUGGGCGCGUUGCAAGAGGGGAAGAAUUUAUUGGACCGGCUGAAGGAGAUAGCGAACGAAGGCACCCUGGACUCCAGGCCUGAGAGAAUUAAGCUCGAAGCUGAUCACGCCGUGUUGAAGGUUGAGAAAUGGUUGGAGGAGCUCCACGACAGGAGGCGGUUGAUCGAGGCAUCGUUUCGCAGUAGAAAGACACAAUUGGAGCAAUGUUUGGCUUUAGCUCUGUUAGCGACCGAUCUACGCGAUCUCGAGGAGAUCUUGAACGAUAGAAUCGCUGCUCUGUCGAGCAGCUGCGAUCAGCUGGGAGAUUCCGCGUCGAGCGCGGAAUUGCUCCUGUUCGAAUUGAAAAAAUUACAGGCUGAGGCUAAGGAAUUUCAAGACAGAUCGAUCAAAAUAACGAAAUCGACCGAACGAUUAGUGUCAUCGGGACACUUUGCCGGUGAACAGGCGACAGAACAAGCUUAUGCGAUCCUUGGCGCCGCGGCUGAUUAUGUCAACGAUUUAGAUCAGUACGAGUCGUUGUUGAAUAGAGCGGUGGCCUUCUUUGAUUCGGCAAGAUCGGCAAUCACGAAGUUGGAUCAAUUGGAGAUUCAGCUGGUGACCACAGAGCAUCCCCCGUAUUCGACGAGAUUAGCUCGUUUCCAUGCCCAGACCGUCGCCACCAUCGAAGACGUUACCGCGAAACCUUUGGAGGAAGGAUACGCCCUCUUGGACAUCACAGGAAGAGGAGCGCCUGGGGCUGAGGGUGUGAAACGGGCGGUGGAGGAGUUGGAGAACCGGAAGAUCCGGUUGAUGGAACGGUGCACGGCUCACGAGAAGGAGAAUCUCGAGAUAUCGAGGAUCAUAAACACGUUCCUGGACAAGCACGACGAGCUGAGAAAGUGGUUAAUGGGCAUACCCGAAGCGUUUCUUCAGGGUCACCAAGACAUGGGCAGCGACGUCACAAUGGCGGAGGAUUUCUGCAGGCUCCACCGCCAGCUGUUGCACGAUCUCGAGCAGAGAACCGACGAGGUCGAGCAUCUCGAGUUCGAAAUUCUUCCGAUCGGGGAACGGCUCGAGGAGUCGCAGAAGUUGGAAUUGCGAUCCAAGGUCGAGGAGUUGAGGAACUCCUGGUCGAAGACUAAGGAUUUGGUGGCGAGAAGAAUCGAUUUAGGAUCACUUUACCUUCAAUUCCACGUGGUGGUCGAGGAAUUGACGAACGAGAUCGAGUCCAUCGAGGGCGAGUUGAAGAGGCACGUUGACGUUUUGGACGAAGGAAGGAUCGAGCUGAUUGGAAGACGUUGGAAGGAUCUUCAACCGCUUUAUGUGAAAUUAACCGGUACCGGGAAGGCGUUCUUGGAUGCUGCUGUCAAGAUCGACGAUCCUUAUUUGGAUGUGCCAAGGGCUUGCAUAUGCGUUCAGAUGCUUUUAGAAAAGUUUGCCAAUAAACAGUUGACCGUGACCGAAUCUUGGGAGAAGUGGCGAACCACGAUCGAGAUUUUGAGGGAGAAACGGAUCGAGCAUGAACGAAAAAUAGAAGAAAGUACAAAGACGAUGGAAUGGGUGUCUAAAUUCAGCGACCAACUGUAUCCAGUGAUCACGUCUCUCUCUCAUCAGACAGUGAACAUUCUUCAAGAUCUGGCAGGAUCCAAGGAUCGUAUCCUGCCCGAGUUGAACAAAGCCGUGGACGAGUUGGAUUCGAGGAUCAAAGGACUGAAUGCUUUGGCACAAAAGGGCGAAGUGCAAAUCGAGGAUGAAAUCUUGAACAGACUUCGCCGUAUGCACGAGAAUCUUCGCACGACCGCCAGGGAUUAUGAAAAUCUCCUCGAAUCGUUGAUCUCUAUCUUCAAGAAUAUCGAAGAGGUCGAGCACAAAAUCGAACAGUUGAAGAGCCAAGUGUCGCGUGUAACGUCUCUGAGAAAAUUGUCGGAAGUGGAGGCUCUAUUCAACGAGCUCGACGCGAUGAGAUGGUCCAUUUCCGAGAGGCAAGGUGAGAUCGGAUCGAAGGUGCGAACGAUGGUUAAAAUCGAGCGGCAGGAGCCAGCUGAGGCUGGUGUUCGCGACAUGGAGAAAUUGAGACGCGCCUUCGACUCGUUGUCCACCGAUUUCGAAGUGUUCUGGUCACAGACGACCACUAAAAUCGAAGAGUAUCGGAGAACUUGUACCUUCGCCGAGGAUCUGGAGAGGAUCGACAACGAGCUGCACGAUUUGAACGAACAUUUGAAAAAGGUGGAUACGAAGAUCGGUGAGAAUCUUCAGACGGCAAGGGUUGCCGCCUCUUCGUUCGUGCAGUUCGAGAAAACUGUCACGAUUUUGGAAGAGAGGAUCGAGACUUUCGUGAGAACGACAGAAGAGUCGAUCAAUGUUUUGACGCCUCAAAUCGUGAAAGACGUUUCUUCGUUGAGAGAAAGAUGGAGAAAUUUGAAGAGGAAGAUCGAAGAAACGAAGAAACGAACGAAUUUGGCCAUAGAGUAUUUCAUGCUCUUAGAGGAAGCCAAGGAAUGGAAUAGGGAGGGCAGUAAAUUGUUGGUGGUGAUAGCAAGGAAGGCAACCACGGUAAAGACGCCUAAAGACGCGAUGGUAUUGCUUCAAGAAAUCGAGAGUUAUCUGAAGCCAGGUGAAGAGAUGCAGGAAAAGAGAAUCGAAAAAUUAAAAGAAUUGUCGACGAUUGUUUUUGACACGGAUAGAUUACCACAGUUCAACGAAGUCGUGGUCGAGAAUCGACAGAUGUUGGAUUCCUUCGCCGUCAUUUCAUCCGAGCUUCGAACAUUGGCCCAAAAUUUGAAAAAUGCCGAAGAUUUACAAGAGAAAUUAAGAAUAGAAAAACGGGAAGCGGAUGAAAAGUUAAAAGCCGCGAGAAUGGAAAUGGCUGCCGCGGAGGCAGCGAGAGAGGAAGCGGAGAACGCGAAGAAAAUUGCCGAGAAAUUAGCAGCCGAAACAUUGGAGAAAGCAACGAUAGAAGCGAAAAGAUUGAAGGAAGAGAGGAAAAUUCAAAAAGUUUCUACUCCUCCUCCAUCGUUUUCGGUGUCGGCACAAACGGAGAAGAUCGAAACCGAUCAAAGUUAUGUCAAAGAAAUGAUUACUUCCGCCACCAUUAAAAAAGAAAUACACAUCUUACAGAAGACGGAAAUUGAGAAAAGAGUACCGUCUCGUGAACCAAGUCCACAAAAGAAAAUCAUCACCGAAGAAAUUCGCGAAAAAUCAGUUGAAAGAGCGCACAAGGAAAGUGGUCCACCAUUGGCACCAGAGUUUACGAUUCCUUUACACGACGCCACCGUACAGGAAGGAGAGAAAUUCACUUUCCAGUGCAAUCUCGUUGGCCAACCAACACCGGAAGUAAUAUGGUACAAGGAUGGAAUCUCGAUUUUGAAUAACCCUGAUUAUUUGACCACUUACAUUCAUGGAAUUUGCACAUUGACGAUCGAAGAAACUUUUGCCGAAGAUUCUGCGAAAUACACUUGCAAAGCCUUCAAUAUAGCUGGAUCAGCGGAAACGUCCGCCACAUUGACUGUCAAAGAAACUGCACCGGAAGAGCAACCGAGUCCUCCAGUUUUCGUGAAAGAGUUGAUGGCCUCGGUGGCUCUGGAAAAUUCUUCUCAUCGACUGGACUGCAUAGUCGAAGGUAAUCCACUGCCAACCGUCCAAUGGUUCAAGAACGACGUGAACAUCGAUAAUUCCCCCGAUUACGUUAUCACUUACAAUAAUGGCGAGGCUGUAUUAAAAUUCGAGGAAGUUUUCUUAGAAGACAAAGCUACUUACACGUGCAAGGCCACGAACAGAUUGGGCCAAGCCUCCACUUCCGCUUUUCUCGAUGUUGAACCUGCGGAAUUCACUUCGGAGAAACCAUAUUUUGUCACACCUCUUUCGAAUGCCAUGGGAAGAGCAGGUCAAAGAGUGAAACUCGAAUGCGAAGCAAAAGGGAAUCCGAUGCCCACUUUAACUUGGUAUCACGAUGGAAGACCCGUCGAAGAAAGCAUGAAUUUGAAGAUACAAAUGGACGGUGGACGGAGCAGUUUGGUCAUCUCGGAGGCGUUCGCCAAGGAUGCCGGAUGUUAUACGGUCGUCGCCAAGAACGAAGCCGGCGAGGCCACCGUCUCUUGCAACGUGUCCGUGAAGGGGCGGCUUCCGCACGAGACGAGCGACUCGGAAUUCGCCUGCAGCGACAUGGAACCCGUCGUGCCCAAGAUCCAGAUGCCGUUGAAGGACCUCAAGGUUCAGGAGGGCCACUCCGUCCGCCUGGACUGCGUGAUCGUUGGACAACCCGAGCCGGAAGUGAUUUGGUAUCACGACGAUCAACCAGUGAAGGAAUCGGCCGAUUUCCAGCUGUUGUUCCAGGGUGACAAGUGUUCCUUGGUCAUUCACGAGGCUUUCCUAGACGAUGCUGGCGUGUACAAAGUAGUCGCCAUUAAUUCUGGCGGUGAAGCAUCUAGUCAGUGCACAUUAACAGUGACGCCGGUUACUGUUUCGGAGAAGUUGGACAGAGCGCGAACAGAGAUCGAGGAAACAUUCGUGGCGGGUUCACCACCAAGAUUCGUCAAACUUCCAACCGAUUCUCUCGUCGCGGAAGGCGAGACCGCCAUUUUCGAGUGCGCGGUGGUUGGAGAGCCGAAACCGGAACUCAGAUGGUUCUCCGACAGUGGCGAGGUCACUGAGAACGAACGUAUUCUGAUCCAGCGAAAGGAGGAUGGAACGAGCAUCCUGAAGAUUUCUUCGGCGAUUCCCGAGGAUAAGGGAAAUUACGUGGUCAAAGCGUUCAAUGAACACGGAGAAGCGAAGGCUUUCGCUCGAUUGGUCGUCAGAUCGUUGGGUGACUUUAGGAGGAAGGAAGAAUUUGUGAAGAUGGAGGAGAAACUGAUUGCUCCUACGUUCAAGGAGAGAUUCGAGGACAGAAGAGUGACGGAGGGUGUCUCCACGAAAUUUGAAUGCAUCGUGGUUGGAAAACCAUCUCCAAAAAUUCAAUGGUUAUUUAACGAUCGCCCCGUCCACGGCAAGGACUUCUUGGUCUCGGUCAGCGGGGAUCGACAAGUGCUUACGAUUCCAGAGACCGGAAGUACGCAUGCCGGUACGAUUUCCUGCGUGGCGGAGAACGCUGCUGGAAAAGCGAUUUGCAGCGCUCGUCUAGAGAUCGGUGGCAGGUCGGUGGAGGAGGUGAGAAAAGUUGCGGAAAAGAGGGUGGUCGACUUAGUGGAAAGAUCGCCCGCCGACGAAAUGCACGCAGCCAGCAGCAGCGAGAAACACUUCUCCUCGGAGAAGUCCGAGGGCGAGGGUGAGAGCCAGGUGUUGACCAAGAUGUCGCAGACCAUCACCGAGUCCACGACCACCCACAAGACGACCAAGAAGGAGUACAUCUCGUCCACUAUGUCCUCCACCUUGUCGAAACCUGGACAGGAACCCACCAGCGUGUCCGUGAAGACUACUGUACAUAGCACGGAACAGUCGUCCUCUCAGGAUGGAGCGCCUCCUGUUGUGCAGUCGUACAAAGUCGAGGAACACGAAAAGAUCAUUCAAGACCAGCCAGGCGAGAUUCGCCAAGAAAAAACCGUGGUGGUAUCUCAAGACGAGGAAGGGAUCAAACAGAGGGAUGUGAAAGCUGCGCAAAUACCGAAGCCAACGAGAAAGUCGACUGCGCCGAGAUUCGUUUCGCCUCUCACAGGGAUGAUCGUGGAUCAGGGCACUGAUAUUAUCCUCGAAGGAAUUAUCGAUGGGUUCCCUCAGCCUUCAAUUUGCUGGUCGAAGAACGGGCAGGAACUGAAAACGAAAGAUGGAAUGACGAUCACUUAUACUCAUAAUCAUGUCCGUUUGGAACUGAAGAACGUAAAUGUUAAGGAUGCGGGACGAUACACUUGCACGGCGAACAACGAAGUCGGUUCUGCUAGUAGCACAGCUGAUCUCGUCGUAAAAAAGACGAUAUUCCCGCCGGUAUUCGGCAGAAGAUUGCAAGCGCAAGUUGUGAAACGUGGAGAACGUGUCAAUAUGGAGGUAGAAAUCACAGGAACACCGGAACCCACGGUUACAUGGUUCAAGGACGAUGUCCCUAUCAAAGAACGUCCACCCGAAUUGAGGAUUAAGCAACAAGGAAAUUGUUACAUGCUCAUUAUCGACAAAGCUGAAAAGGCGCAUGCAGGAAAAUAUAUGGUUCGAGCAACGAACGCCGGUGGUGAAGCCCAAAGUAUAGCAGAUUUUGCAGUUUUUGAGCCAACGCCUGAUACUAUGACGGAAGUUCAUAAAACUGUUAUUUACGAGAAUGUGCAAGACAAGAAAGUCACUCAGUCCGACGAAAAGAAGAGAGAGGUUCCUUCUAGCAAACUUCCUUCAUCAACCACGAUUCAACAGAUUCCACCGUUAAAAACAACACCCAUCGUGUCAUCCACCUCGAUAUCGGAAACCACCAAAACCGUAGAAAAGAUAGAGGAACCGGAAAGCAGGAUGAGUCGUUCGGAAACAAUCUCGUCCACGGUUGAAUCACAUCAAUCGCAAUCCAAAUCGGAGCAAAAGUUCCACAUGAAGUUGGAGCACAAGACGCCAACCAUACCGGAGCCAAGGAAGGAAGAAAAGACGAUAACGAGGGAAGUGAUUCGCGAAGAAGUCGAGAAGAAAGGCAUCGAGCCGAAGGCAACGGUGAUCGAGGAGAAAACGAAGAUCGAGAACGAAAAUAUCGAAACAUCGACGAUAGCUAAAAAGGAUGCAUUGAGUUUCUUCGAAUCGAUGACGAGAACGGAAGCUACGCCCAAAGGUCCCAAAGAAAUGAUUAAAUUAGUGGAUGACGCUGAUGGCCACGAAGUGAAGGUUGGAAAAUUGACGAAGAACUAUGAGAGAUCCACUACGUUCCAGGACGUGAAGAAACCUGAACCGAAACCUGCAGAGAUUCAAACGACGAAGAAAGCUGUCCACGAGAUAUUCACGAAAUUGGAACAAGGAAGUGCAGCUUCUCGUGGAGUGGACAAUAAAUUAUUUGAUUUUCCGUAUGAACCGUAUAAGCCACCUUCGGUAGAGACGAAGAAGACAGUCGUGGAAGAAACAGUUAGCUCAGGAUCAUCGUCUGUUCAAGGAUCUCUGAUAAUGUCGUCGAAAAUGGAGAGUAAAGUGGAAAGUAAAAUGGAGAGCAAGUCAGAAUUGUUGGAGGGUUUUAUGGUGCCAGAGCCUCCACCGGAGAUUGGUUACAUGCCGAAACCGGAAGUUAAAAAAAAACGCCCUGAAGUAUCGAUCAAGGCUAAACAGCUCCAAGAAUCCUUUGAUAGAACCCUGUCCCCGAUAGAUGCGCCUGUUGGCGGUGUGAAGAUUUUCCCCACACUUUCUCCAAAGGUGGCCCCAACGUUUUCCAUGCCACCACCAUCCUUUGAGCUCGAGAAGAAAGAGGUAGUCGAGGAGCCUUGCGUGAGAAAGGAAAUCCACGAGAAAAGGGACUACGUGUCUUCGUUCAGAGCUAUGUCUCCUAGCAGACCUUGGUCAUCGUCGUCUGACGUGGAAACCAGGUCACACGUAUCCACUGAUCUGUCAGAAUACAGGUGUCACUCUGCAGCAUCGAGUCAUCAGGAGAUACUCAGAUCUACCUCGCCCAGACCAUCGGCUGACGCCUUGGCUAUGGAGAAAUCCUGGGCAAAAAAGUGUGCCGAGUCUAGCAGGAAAUCAUGGCCUCCGCAGGAAGAGUCGAGAUUCAAGCAAGAAUGGCAGACUCCUGGUGAAGACUAUAAGAGUUCGUCGAAGGAGUUUAGGAAGGAAGUCGAAGAGACGCCUGAAGGUGGUAUCAGAAAGACCAGUAUGGAAUCAUCCAGCACGACGGAGAGGAGAUCCUGGAGUUCGAAACAGGAAUCUAUGGAGAAGAUUUCGAAGAGGGCUCCAUCACCACCGAAAACGCAGCCGAUCAUCUACAAUGCGGAAACGAUUAAAGUAGAUCACGUGGUGAAUAAAAUGGAAGAGAAGUCUUUAUAUGAGAAGUACACUAGUGAGAGCGACGUUAAGAAACUGGAAAAAUCUGAAAAAUUCGAGGAGAAAUAUUCGAAAAAGUGGACAAGCUCGGAUGAUUUAAAAGCUCCUGGUCUUGUCAGGAGUGUGGAACCACCUAAAAGACCUGUGAUUCAAUUGUACCACCUUACCCCACCUACUGAGCAAAUUAUUCUAGAACCUGGCCCACCUCCGGAAAUCGGAUAUAUACCAGCACCGGUGAUCAAAGAAAAGAAGAUCGAGAAGAUAGAGAAGAACUUGGAAGUGUCGUUGGAGCAUCAGCCAGCUAAGAUCCCUCCAGGAGGAAUCAGAACUAUUCCUCCUGUGCCGAAGAAAGAGGAAGCUCCAGCACUGCCUCCGAAAGACGUCAAAAUGACUGCACCACCGAUUCCAGCCAAACAAUCUACACCUGUCGAACCUCUGGAACCGUUUCCAUUCAAGCCUUCCCCUGCAUCUGCACCGAUGAAGAAAGUGCCACCCCCUCCAACUCCUACGAAAUUCGUCAAAGGAAGUUUCAUUCAGGAAAGCGACUACGAAUCGGACAUGGACGGUCACAUGAAAGCAAAAUGGAGGCCGUACGAGAGUGACGGCGAGGAGCCACGUUACAGAAGAGUCCAAGCUCCAGUGCCCAAGCCGACUAGACCUAGAUCGACCGAGCCUGAACCACUUCCUCCCUCUAAAUUCGAAGUGCCUGCAUCGACUGUGGGUCCACCUAGACCAGUGGUUACCAAGGAGCAACAGGAAAAAGUGUGCAAGAAAACUAUCACUACCACUGUCAAGAAGCAAGAGAGAGAGAUAAAACAGCAGCAACAAAAGUUCCAAGUGGGCCAACCACCUGCUAUCGAAUUGAAACCAGGCUCUCCACCUAUCUACGUCCAACCAGCCGCGAAAAGUCCAACUCCAAAGAGUCCACCUAUGAAAAAACCAGAAUCUCCCAAAUUCAAGGUGAAAACGUUCCAACAGGAAAGUGGUUACAUGGCAGACACGGACGAGCCUUUCCAACAGAAGUCGUCCGUUCAAUCGGUGCAAAAGAGCUUUGGUAAACACGAAUCUUCGUCGUCCAUGACCUCGCACACAGAGUCUCGUACUUCGUAUUUGGAAAGUCGAUCGGAAUAUUUCGAGAGCAAGAGCUACGACAGCCGACAACAACAGCAACAGAAGAAAGAAUCGUUCGUCGCACCAUCCGCUCCCUUGGUUACGAAACAACCUGUACAACCACCAGUUCAGCAGCAACGUAGCUCGUUCGUCGAGAAGAGCUAUGUAUCUUCCGCGUCCCCAUCGAGAUUCAGUUCCACGAAGGAAACUAUUUAUACUACGGAUCAAUCGCACAAGAAGCUAGAGACAACGAAAAAAAUUUUGCCGCCCUCUCCAAGUCCUUCCAAAUUCGUGAAGGGCGAAUUUCGCGAAAGUGACUACGAGAGCGAUUACGACGGCAGAAUACCACCCCUUUGGAAACCGCGAGGCUAUGAAAGCGACGACCAAUCUUUCAGAUCCGUGAAACCGAAUCUCGCUGGUCCAGGAAAGCCCAAGGAGCCUCGAGCGCCGUUCAUCGAGGAGCUCGAGAAAAAGAAGGAGGACAGAGUCACAACGCCGACCAAACCGAAAACAGUUCUUCUUCCCGGCUCUCCACCUGAGAUAGCCUAUGCACCGCCUCAACCGACUUACUACGAGGCUCGAUCGGGCAUACCUUUCCACAACGCGAUCGGUACAGAGACGAAGAAGACGGUCAGGAUGGACGAGUCGACCGAGAACAGCAGAAGGAUCGUCACUGUCGAGCAAACGAGUCGGGUGAUUAAGUUCGGCGAUCAGAAACCCACCGACUUCAGAGCCUUCGAGGGCUCCGAUCAAAGGCAAAAGGCGGCGUUCAAGGUGCCCACCCCGAAGAAGUUCGUUCAAGGUCAGUUCAGAGAAUCGGAUUACGAGAGCGACAUCGACACGAGGAUCAGGGCGAAGUGGGCUCCGCCCGAGAGCGACACCGAGGAGCCGAGGUACAGGAAGGUCCAAGCGCCCACGACGAAGGCGCCAAGAUCGGCCAGCGCCCCUGUCAGACAGGAACACGUGGUGUCCCCGUUGGAGUUCGACACCGGGCCACCCGUAUUGAAGAGGCAGACCUCGAUGACCCAACUUCGAUUGGACGAGGGCAGGGCCACUCAGGUGAAGAGGGAUGUUGUUGGCUCGGGGCAGGAGGAGGUGCUGAAGCCCGGCUCGCCUCCCGAAUUUGGUUUUAUCUCGAGGAGCGAUGUGAAAAAGGCGGCUACUCACGUCGCGUCGCGACACAUGAGCGACAUGACCACCAGCUUCAAGUCGAAAACCGAGAAAUUCGUCAGCGACAUCCAGUCGGAUCUGAAGCAGGGCAAGCCGAUCCUGAAACAUCCGGCCGACAGUCGAGCAAGCGAUGGCGACGAGCCCAGAACUUACAGAGAGGAAUCUCGACACUCGGAACAUGGAACGAAGCACAUCGACCCAGACACCGGCCUCAUAUACUUCAAGUACGACUUCGGCUACGAGUUCGGGAUCGUGCUCCCCGGUGAAGGCAAGAGAACAGUGACCAGCACGAACAGGACCAUCCAAGGUCAACGGAGAGCAAGCGACAUCGAGGUGCCCAUCGUCCACGAGUUCACCACAACCAGUAGGGAGAACGGUUUCGCGAAGAGGAGCAGCUCGACGUCGUCGCGUCAGGGCAAACCGGCGGGGAAAUUCGGCACUUCGAAGAGCGUGAAAUGGGAGCCGACAUCCGAGAGCGAGUUCUCCGAGGCGGAGGACGCGAGAAACGCGAGAAAGAGGCAGCAAGAUGGCGGUAGCGCCAUGGCGCCACCUAGCCUCGUUAUACCUUGUUCACCAUCGCCGUCCAGAUGGGACCACACGACGCCCAGUCCGCUUUCCCUGAGUCCAAGCUUACCAAGUCUCUCCCCCAGAUACAGUAGUGCCACAGGACCACCCAGCAACGUCGACUCCGCAGGAUCACCGUGGCCAACCACUAAUGGAGUGGCCUCGAGCAAAGAAGUGAUUCAGCCUUACCUAGAAAUACUACCGAAAAAGGCACCCCUUUUCAUCACGCCUUUGAAAGAUAUAGCGGUGGUGAGCGGGCAAACAGCAAGAUUCGAGUGCAUCGUUCAAGCUGAACCUCAGCCUAACAUCCUUUGGUCCAAGGACGGGAGGAUUAUUGAGAACUCUUCGUGCUACGAGAUCCAUUAUCGAAAUGGCGUUUGUCGUCUGACCAUAGUGCGAGCUUUUCCUGAGGAUGCUGGCACUUACGCGUGCACCGCAACGAAUAGCUUAGGUUCGACAGUAACUUCUGCCACCUUGCAGGUGCCAGGAGUGCCUUCGCCAUUUUACGGAACGUACAGGGACCAAAACAUCAACGAGAGGGCGAUGGAGAGCCCGCCCAGGUACGUGGCUCUCAAAGACCUAUUUCUCCCGCAAGAGAACGACGUGAAAUCGAUACCUGCGGAUCGUCAACAUUCUACGCGACACGAUUACUCGGUCCCGUGGAAUUUGAACGUGGAUCCCAGUUGCGCAGGUGGCGGCUAUCGCGAGAGGCGAAUUACGACGGAAGAAUGCGAGGAGAUAACGGAUCGAAAUACGAUAGCGCGGCGACUCGGGUAUUCCGAUUUCGAGGCGAACGAUUCGUUUCGCGAUGAUUUCUGCUUCGAUCGCGAGUGUUCCCGCUCCGCGAGGCCGAGGACGGAGGACGGAGUUCAAGGGGAGAUUGUGAUGCAGACGACGCCCACCGUACCAACAUUUACCGGCAGACCCGGCGAUCCAUCGCCGCCGGUCUUCGAACAGAUAUUCAAAAACGCCAGAUUCGCGCAGGGUGGAAACGCAAUUUUCGAAGGUCGCGUGAGAGGAAAUCCAAAACCUAUCGUCUCUUGGACGCACAAGGGUGCACCGUUGUUGGAGUCGUGGAAGAUUCACAUGUCUUACGACGAGAAGACCGGGGCCGUCACGCUUCAAAUCAACCAGAUUGGCCCUGGAGACGAGGGUGAAUACACGUGCAGUGCCAAGAAUCAAUACGGCGAAGCAAUCUGCUCCGUUUACAUUCAACCAGAAGGAUUUGGACCUCCUCCGCAGCAGCAAAUGGGUGGUUACAGGAAGGAAUUCGCGCAGACUUUCCAGUCCAGUGAACAGAAGACUCAAACGGGAACACAGAGCUUUCAACAACGUAGCUAUCAACAAACAAUCGAUAAACGAAGCUACGUUAAUGGAAGUUCCGUCAGCAUCGAAGAUUUCAAGGUGGACACGUUCGAAUACAGAUUAUUGCGGGAAACAGAGUUUCGAGAGUCGAUCACUCGCCGCUUCGUGGGCGAAUCCGACGUGCAGAUUUCGACGGUGGUAGAUCGUAACCUGGGACCGGUUGCACCUCCGCAAAUCACGCAGAAGCCCAGAAACUCGAAGCUCGUCGAGGGAUCCGACGCCGUUUUCACUGCGAAAAUCUCUGGCAAUCCUAAACCGAGAUUAACUUGGUUCAAAAACGGGCAGAGGAUCCGCGAAUCGCAACGCGUGGAGAUGAGCUACUCGAAUCAACAAGCCUCUUUGAGGAUCAGAGUCGCCCUGCCGGAAGACAGCGGCCAUUACACCUUGCUCUCGGAAAAUCCUCAAGGGUGCACCGUCAGCUCUGCAUAUUUGGCGAUCGAAUCAAGCGAUCAGGUGGAUCAAGCGUACCAGGUCCAAAGGGAGACGGUGAAAACUCAGCAAGUUGAAACGAUCGGCGAAACCGAUUCUGGAAAAGUUCUGCCGCCGAAUUUCGUUCGCACCUGUACCGACCGCGACGCCACCGAAGGAAAAAUGACCAGGUUUGAUUGUCGCGUAACGGCGCCGUACCCCGAGGUGACAUGGUACAUAAACGGCCAACAAGUGGCCAACGAUCUGACCCACAAGAUCCUCGUGAACGAGUCUGGUAACAACUCUUUGAUGAUCACGAACGUGAGCCGAGCGGACGCCGGCGUGGUGACCUGCGUCGCAAGGAACAAGGCUGGCGAAACCUCGUUUCAGUGCAAUUUGAACGUGAUCGAGAAGGAGCAAGUGGUCGCGCCAAAAUUCGUAGAACGAUUCACGACUACGAACGUGAAAGAAGGAGAACCGGUUGUUUUCAUGGCCCGUGCGGUUGGCACUCCUGUACCUCGCAUCACCUGGCAAAAGGAUGGAGUGCCGAUAACACCUGGAUCGGAUGUGCGUAUAUCGACGGAUGGUAGCGGAGCUUCGACUUUGGACAUACCCUACGCAAAAUUAUCGGAUGCAGCUUGGUACCAGUGCACGGCGCAGAAUGUGGCCGGCUCUACUGCCACCAGAGCACGGCUUUUCGUGGAAACACCGAAAGGAGCAGCCCCCGAACCAAGACGCCUGAACUUACCCCGACCGACGAAAGUCAUCGAACCAGAACCAGCGCCUGGCCCCGAAGUGAUUUAUUUGAGACACGUGGAACGCGCCAAGCCAUACUUGCCCCCACCCGAGGAGGACAGAGUUUAUCCACCGCCACGUUUCAUCAUACCAUUGAAGGACGUCCAUCAGAUCGAGGGUGGACGAAUCCACUUCGAGGCCAGAAUCGAACCGGUGGGUGAUCCCACUAUGAGGGUAGAGUGGUACGUCAAUGGAAGAGCUCUUGACGCGAGCUCCCGGGCGACUUCUAUCUUUCGAUUUGGCUUCAUCUCUCUCGAUUUAAUUAGCAUCGUUCUCCAAGACAGCGGUGAAUAUUUAUGCCGCGUCGUAAGUUCGACUGGAGUCGCUGAAUCUCGAGCUACCCUCAGCGUGACGCCACGCGCAACAAUCGAACAGACUAGCCAACACCCCGACAGUCUCCAGUACAUCCAACAGCUCGAGGAUUACAGCAAGUAUCAAAGGCAGGAGAGUGUGGAGGACAUCUCUCCACAGCGGCCGGUCUUCAUCCGGCCACUCCAGGAUCUAGGAGAGCUGCAGGAAGGUCGUAACGCUCAUUUCGAAGCGCAACUGACCCCUGUAAGCGAUCCCACGAUGAAAGUGGAGUGGUUUAAGGAUGGUAGACCAAUCACAGCUAGCUCAAGAAUCACAACCAUCUUCAACUUCGGAUACGUCUCGCUCAAUAUAUUGCACCUACGAGCUGAAGAUGCGGGUUCUUACACUGUCAGAGCUGUGAACCGCUUGGGAGAGGCUGUCAGCUCCGCAUCUCUUCGUGUCUUUGCACGCACAAGCGUUACAACAGAUCUGGGAAUCCCCGAGCAACAGAGGUACAUCGAGGCUGCCGAGGAGUUGGAAGCCUAUCAACAGGCGAUGCACCAGAAAUACGUGCAGGAACAGCCUGAACCGACAAGCCCACCGGAAUUCAAAUCUCCUAUCAAGGAUCAGAACAGCAUACGAGAAGGAGGAUUCGCUCAUUUCGAAGCACGUCUGGAACCAGUUGGCGAUUCCGACUUGAGGGUCGAAUGGCUCAAGGACGGACGCCCUGUAGAAGCAAGUUCACGGAUCACGACGUUCUUCAACUUCGGUUACGUGGCACUCACCAUCAAAUACGUAACGAUUCACGACGUCGGUAUUUACACGUGUCGCGCUUACAACCGCGUCGGUGAAGCUCACACAACCGCUCAGCUGAGCGUGAUAAGCAAGAACGACGUUAUUUACGACAGUCAACACCCGACCGGACUGCAGAAGAUCCAAACGUUGGAAGAUUCGAGCAGAUACUCGAGGCAGCUCCAGGAGGAGACCCAGGUGACACAGGCCCCGCGAUUCUUGGGCACCUUGAAGGGCACGAACAAGAUCGUCGAAGGCCAACGCGCCCACUUCGAGGCGCGCGUCGAACCCCAGAGCGACUUGACCAUGGCCAUCGAAUGGUACCACAACGGAAAACCGAUCACCGCGGCUAACAGAAUUCAAACUUAUCACGAUUUUGGAUACGUGGCUAUAGACAUCCUUCAAGUGAGACCAGAGGACGCUGGCACUUACACCGUCGUCGCUAGAAACGCUCUUGGGGAGGCUCGAUUAUCCGCCACCAUGGUUGUAGAAACUCGUUCAAGCGUGGAUACGAGCAGCAUGCACCGCACUUCCUACGAGAAAACGCAGCGUUUGGAGGAGUCGAAAUUCGUCGAGCCCCAAUACCACAUCGAGGAGAUAUCGAAAUCGAAACCGAUCUUCGUGCAACCGUUGAGCGAUCCUAAGCCGGUGAGCGAGGGAAAGAACAUCCACUUGGAGUGCCGUUUGGAACCGAUGGGCGACCCAACGAUGAGAGUCGAAUGGUUCCAAAAUGGCCGCCCAGUCACCGUUGGAUCCAGAUUCAGGACUUACUACGACUUUGGUUUCGUCGCUUUGGACAUCGUGCACUCGACCGUGCUCGACUCUGGGGAAUACACCGUCAGAGCCACCAAUCAUCUUGGCACCGCUCACACUUCCGCCUGCGUCAGAGUGAUAGGAAAGUCAGACGUCGUCACGGAAACGCAGCACGAGCAGUCCCUCGAGCAGAUUCAAAUGCUCGAGGAUUCGUCAAGAUACCGCAAGACCCAGCAAGAAGAAGUGACGGUGAUGCAAGCGCCCCAAUUCACUCGCCCCUUGCACAACAUCGAAACGGUGGAGCUGACCAACGUGCAUCUCGAGUGUCGUCUCCAACCUGUCGGCGACUCAACAAUGAGAGUGGAAUGGUUCGUGAAUGGCAGGCCGGUGAAGACCGGCCACAGAUUCAGACCGUCCUACGAAUUCGACUACGUCGCCCUCGACAUCCUGGGCGUCUACCCCGAAGAUUCAGGCGUGUACACCUGCCAAGCGAGGAACCAAUUGGGCGAGGCAGUCACGUCCUGCUCAGUGAGGGUACACGCGAAGAAAGAUCUGUUGCUGGAGUCCCAACAUCCCGAAGGUUUGGAGAGAAUACAGUACUUGGAGGAUGCUUCGAGAUACAAGAGGCAAGAGAUGGUCGACGAGGUUGUCACCGUUAAACCGAGAUUCAUCACGGCUCCGAAAAGUCAAGAGAAUCUCCGCGAGGGGGAACACGCUCACUUCGAGUGCAAAUUGGAACCAGUGACGGACUCGAAUUUGAAAGUUGAAUGGUUCAAAAAUGGUCGUCCGGUUACGAUAGGACACCGAUUCCGUCCAAUACACGAUUUUGGCUACGUUGCCCUGGACGUGAUUGACCUGAUCGCCGAGGACUCCGGCACCUACACCUGUCGCGCUGUCAAUCUGGUUGGCAGCGACGAAGUAUCCUGCACUCUAACAUGCCGAUCAACUGCGCAGGUUCUAACCGAUUCGAAGAACGAGAUUGGCCUCGAGCAAAUUCAUUAUCUCGAGGACAGAUCCAGAUAUCAACGACGAGAGGAUGUCGAGGAGACGACCACCCAAGCUCCCAUCUUCACCACUUCUUUGAACAACGUCGAGAUCAAGGAAGGGCAGAGAGCGCAUUUCGAGUGCAGGUUGAUUCCAGUUUCCGAUGCAACGAUGAAAGUCGAAUGGUUCCACAACAAUAAACCGGUGAAGGCCGGCUCCAGAUUCGUCGAGACAAAUAGCUUCGGCUUCGUGGCGUUGGACAUCAUGUACGCAUAUCCUGAAGAUUCCGGCACGUACACCUGCAGAGCAAAGAAUAUUAUAGGAGAGGCUAUCACCUCGGCAACCGCAGUUGUGCACUCGAAAAAAUCGAUCUACACCGAGUCCCAAAACGAGGAGACUCUUCAAAGACUGCAUUAUUUGGAGGAUACCUCGCGAUAUCAACGAAAAACCACAACUGAGGAGAUCGUUACUCAAGCCCCAGUAUUCACGAUGCCCAUCAAGGAUUUGAAAGUCGCUGAAAACCAAGCAGCUCAUUUCGAAGCUCGUGUAAUCCCUGUCGGUGAUUCCAAGCUGAAAGUAGAAUGGCUUCGAAAUGGAGUUCCGAUUGCAGCUUCUAAUCGUGUAACAACGAUGCACGAUUUCGGAUACGUCGCUCUGAACAUGAAGUAUGUCAAUCCUGAAGACUCAGGUACCUAUACUUGCCGUGCAGUGAACGAUCUUGGAGAGGCAGUGACAUCGGCAACGCUUUUCGUUCAAUCCAAGGCGGCCCUGCAAUUCGAGUCGCAGCACGAGAGCGCUUUGUCGAAGAUCCAAGCGCUGGAGGACACGAGUAAAUACCAGCGGCGCGAGGAGGAGGAGAUCGUGGUGAAGGAGAGGCCGUCGUUCACGGUCCAACUGAACGGGCCCACAACCCUCGUCGAGGGCCAAAGCGCACACUAUGAGUGCCGCAUCGAGCCCUACCCCGACCCAACCAUGAAGGUGGAGUGGUUCCAUAACGGGAAACCAUUGUCCACCGGUCACAGGUACAGAACCACUUGUGACUUUGGGUUCGCCGCGUUGGACGUGCUCACGGUGUACGCGGAGGACUCUGGCACCUACACCUGCCAGGCCACCAAUAGACUGGGAUCGGCGAAGAGCUCGAUCAAUCUCGACGUGAAAUCUCGCUCCUCGAUUAUUCGCGAAACGCAACACGAAAGCGCCCUGAAGAAGAUACAAUAUCUUGAAGACGAUUCGCGUUACAAACGGGUAGAGGAAGAGGAUCUGAUCGUCGCCGAGAGACCGAAAUUCGGUCGGCCAUUGAAGAACAUCGAACAUUUGCCCGAGGGGAAGAGCGCUCACCUCGAGGCGACGUUGACUCCUGUCAAUGAUCCAACUAUGGUUGUGGAAUGGUUCAGGGAUGGAAGACCUAUUCCUCAAGGACACAAGUUCAAGACUACCUAUGACUUUGGAUACGUCGCCCUCGAUAUUCUUUACGCUUAUCCGGAAGACUCUGGAACUUACAUGUGCAAGGCAAGGAACGCUGUUGGAGAGGCUGUUACCACUUGCGUCAUCAGCGUCGACUCGAAACAAGGCCUAUAUUUGGACACGUUAGACGCUCAGCGUUUGCAGAAGAUUCGCGAGUUGGAGACCGUGGAGGUGAAGCAAGAAGUUGAGAAAGAGGUUGUGCACCAAAAGCCCGUAUUCUUGACACCCUUGAACAACCUGGAUCAUCUAAAGGAGGGUGAACACGCACACUUGGAAUGCCGCGUCGAGCCUAUCAACGAUCCAAAUCUAAAAAUAGAAUGGUUCGUGAAUGGAGUUGCUGUAAAGACAGGACACCGCUUCCGCAAAACGCACGAUUUUGGUUAUGUGGCUCUCGAUAUUCUUUACACUUAUCCUGAAGAUGCCGGCACUUACAUGUGCAAGGCCACGAAUUUGGCUGGCGAGGCUGUCAACACAUGCACCAUCAAAAUUGGCUCUCGCCGCAGCAUACUUCUAGAUACGCAACAUCCAGAUGGCCUUGAAAAGAUUCGCGAACUCGAGGCCCAAGGUCGUCCAGCCCGCUUAGAGGUCGAAGAACCUCCAGUGACGCCACCGAGAUUCGUUACGGAACUCAGGGGUACUACCGAGGUCUACGAAGGGCAAACAGCUCACUUCGAAUGUCAAGUUGAGCCUCUUCACGACGCCAACUUGAGGAUCGAGUUCUUCCACAACGGCAAGCCACUUCCAUCAGCUUCCAGGUUCCACGUCACGUUCGAUUUCGGAUAUGUGGCUUUGGAUAUCGGCCAUGCUGUUCCCGAAGACGCAGGAGAAUACUCCGUACGAGCGAUCAAUGCUCUAGGUCAAUGCGUAUCCUCGAUCGAGCUGAGGGUAAUCCCACGGGACAACAUUAUUCUCGAUUCGCAACGUCCUGAAGGAAUGGACAAGAUCCGCGAAUUGGAAGCUCAGCAACCUUGGAAGAGACCGGAAGUGCCAGAACCGCAAACCAGGCAAAGACCUGUGUUCACUCAACCAUUGCAGAACAUCGAUGCCAUUCCCGAAGGACAUACAGCUCAUUUCGAGUGCAGGUUGAUUCCUGUUGGAGAUCCCACGUUGAAGGUUGAAUGGUUCAGAAAUGAAAUCCCUCUCGAGACAAGUUCACGAAUAACCAAAGUUCACGAUUUCGGAUACGUGUCGUUGGAUAUCACUCAUGUCAGAGAGGAAGAUGAAGGUGUCUACAUGUGUCGUGCUACCAAUCCACUUGGUGAAGCAGUUACAACUGCUUCGAUGAAGAUCAGAAGUAAAGCAAGUAUUCAGUUAGACACCCAACAUCCCGAAGCCCAACGGAAGAUCGCCCAACUUGAAGCCGAUAAAGGACCGAGUCGCACUGAAGAGCCAGAAAAAGUAUUCGACAAACCCAUCUUUACGCAAUUAUUGACUGGACCCACAGAAUUGUGGGAAGGUCAAACGGCUAGAUACGAAUGCAGAGUCGUUCCAGUUGGUGAUGCCAGUUUAAGAUUCGAAUGGUACAUAAAUGGAGUCGAAUUAAAAAUGGGAUCUCGGUUCCAUGUAAGCCACGAUUUCGGCUACGUGACUUUGGAUAUCCUGAAAGUAAUCACGGAGGAUUCAGGUGUGUACACCUGCAAAGCGAUCAACAAAGCCGGCGAAGCAGUUUCCUCGAUAUCUUUGAAGGUCAAAGCGCGCUCGGCCAUCGAUGCUGAAAGUUUGCAACCGGAUGCGUGGCAAAAGAUCCAAUUGAAAGAGGCAGAGAUGAACAAAGUGCCAGAAAUGUUCGUAGACACGACGCCUCAACAAGCGCCAGUGUUCACCAAACACUUGGAGAGCUACGACAAACUUGUGGAAGGUCAACACGUGUAUUUAGAAGCUCAGGUAGAACCAAGAGCAGAUCCGAAUCUGCGCGUGGAAUGGUUCAAGAACGGAAUUGCUCUUCAAACUGGAACCAGACUUCGCAGUACCUUCGAUUUUGGCCUCGUCACGUUGUCCAUCAAUGGCCUCAGAUCCGACGAUUCCGCCAUUUACACUUGCAAAGCCACCAAUCUCCUCGGGGAAGCUGUGUCCACCUGCAGCCUGAAGAUCGUCGAUCGCCACUGGUUGCUCGGUGAUACUCUUCAUCCUGACGCACUUCCAAAGAUCGAUGCUCUGGAACAACCUCACGUCACCACAGCAGAGCAACCAGAACCGAUAUACGAAGUUCCAGUCUUCAUCACUCAUUUAAACAAUGUCGAAUGCGUGGAAGGUGACAAUGCGCACUUCGAGUGCAACGUGGAACCGUCCAAAGAUCCAACGAUGAAGAUCGAGUGGUUCAUCAAUGGAAAACCGCUUCCAACUGGAGCAAGAUUCAAGUCGACUUACGAUUUUGGCUACGUUGCUUUGGAUCUUACCCAUGCUUACGAGGAGGAUUCAGGAGUGGUGAUUGUUAAGGCAACGAAUUCGAAGGGAUCAGCCCAGACGUCAGGCACCCUGAAAUGUACCAGCAAGCAGAGCAUCUAUCUGCAAACUCAGCAUCCCCAAGGAGAGGCUGGAUUGGAGAAAGUGAAGGAAGUGGAGGACGCUUAUCUGUCCAAAUUGAAGAGACCAGAUGCUGGACCGGAACAAGAAUAUCCGAAACCUGUAUGGACAGUACCUCUGCAGCCAGAGUUCAAGCUGGGUGAAUCUGAACCUCUUCAUCUGGAAGGUCAAGUUGAACCCAAGGAUGAUCCAAAUUUGAAAAUCGAAUGGUACUUCAAUGGAAAGGCUCUGGAGCAUGGGUCCAGGUUCAAGAUGACCAGCGACUUUGGUUUCGUCACUUUGGAUCUGACCGACGUGUAUGACCGUGACUCUGGAAUUUACACUUGCAAGGCCUACAACAAGGCAGGAGAAGCCUUCACUUCGACCACGAUCUAUUGCUCGACUAAGGAGAACAUCAUCGAGAAAUCUCAACAUCCAAAGGGUAAGGAAGGUCUCGAAGCGAUUCAAGAUCUGGAAGAAUCGUUGAAACGACAGGAAGGAGCUCCACCGGAGAGCGAAGAAGGUCAUCCACCUGUGUUCACGUCUCAGUUCGAGAACCUGACCAACUUAUCUGAAGGGGAGAUAGCUCACUUCGAGGCAUCUCUUACGCCAACUGGUGACCAAACAAUGGUAGUCGAGUGGUUCUACAAUGGAAAAUCGUUAGAGGCCAGUCAUCGCACGAGAACGGUCUACGCCUUUGGCAUGGUCGUUCUUGAAGUUCUUGGAACUAAGAUAGAAGACUCUGGCACUUACUCCUGCAGGGCUACCAACAAAUGGGGCGUGGCUGAAAUCAGUGUGCAAUUGGAAUGCGUGGACAAGUCUAAAGGACAGAAACCAAAGUUCACCACCCAUAUCCAGUCUCUGGAGGGUCUGAAGGAUGGCCAAUCAGCGCAUUUCGAGUGUACUCUGAUUCCAGUCGGAGAUCCUCACAUGAAAGUCGAAUGGUUCCACAAUGGACAACCUCUGAGACACUCGUCCAGAUUCAAGAUGGUAUCCGAUUUUGGAUUCGUCGUGAUGGAUAUUGCUGGUGUGAUGGCUCACGACACUGGAGAGUACGUUUGCAAGGCAAGCAACAAAUUCGGCGAAGAUUACACCAAAGCCACGUUGAAAUGCUUUGGAAAGAGCGGGGUAUACCUCGACUCGUUGCAACCCGAUUCCCUGGCUAGAAUCAGGGAGUUGGAGAGUUAUGGUGGUGAACAACCUACCACGCCAACGACACCAGUGGCAGAGCCGCCCAAAUUCAUCACGCAAAUCUCAGAUAUCACGAAACUGAUUGAAGGACAAUCCGCUCACUUCGAGGCUAGACUUACACCCGUCAAUGAUCCAGACUUGAAAGUCGAAUGGUACUACAAUGGAAAGAAACUGCCUCAUGGACAUAGAUAUAGAACCUUCCACGAUUUUGGUAUCGUUAUCUUGGAUAUAUUGUAUUGUUACGAGGAAAAUUCUGGAGUUUAUGAGUGCAGAGCUUUCAACAAGUACGGCGAGGACACGACUAAAGCGACCUUAAAAUGUUACUCCAAGUCGAGUCUCAUUUUGGAAUCUCAACUUCCUAAGGGAAUGGAGGGUGGAUUGGAGAAGAUCCAGACUUUGGAGGACUCGAUGAUUCGUACAAGAGACGAAAAGAUCGUCGAAGAAAGAGGAAAAGCUCCUGUCUUUACCGUGCCCUUGAGCAACAUCGAUGGCCUUCGCGAGGGGGAGAGCGCGCACUUUGAAGCUAGACUUACACCCACUGACGAUCCAAAACUAAAGGUCGAAUGGUUCUGGAACGGUAAACCACUGCGAACAGGCACUCGUUUCCGCACCUUCUGCGAUUUCGGCUUCGUGAUUCUCGAGAUCUCACCGAUCUAUCCAGAAGACUCUGGCGAAUACAGUUGUCGAGCAACGAACGACUACGGCGAAGCAGUGACCACCUGUAUCAUGAAAUGCACAGGGAAACGAAGUAUCAUCCUCGAGUCUCAACUGCCAAAGGGAAUGGAAGGCACCAUUGACAAGAUAGCCGAGCUGGAAGGUCUUGGAAACGAGCCAGGCGAAGUGAUCCCGGACGAUGAUACGGGGAAACCACCGGAAUUCAUCACAACUCCGUCCGACUUAACCCUAACCGAGAAUUCCUUGGCGCAUUUCGAGUGCAGAUUGACACCCAUCAACGACUCCAGCAUGAGAGUGGAAUGGUUCCACAAUGGAAAGCCUCUUUUGGCUGGAACCAGGAUUAAGACCAUCCACGACUUUGGCUUCGUUAUCCUGGAGGUGGCCAAUUGUUACCAACGCGACUCAGGCCUGUACACGUGCAAAGCGACCAACCGCCAUGGCGAAGCAACGGUCUCGUGCAAACUUCAAGUCCGUGGACGACAAGGAAUCAUCUUGGAACCUCAGCUGCCUACCAAUUUCAAGACCGGAACGGAGAGUAUCCAGAAAUUGGAGGAGGCUUUGUACAAGAAGGAUGAGAUAUUAACCGAAGAAGAGACGCCCAAUCCUCCCAAAUUCACCGUCGAGUUGAAGGAUAUCGAGGUGGAGGAAGGCGCGCCCAGUCAUUUCGAUUGCAGAGUCGAACCUGUCGGCGACUCUACGAUGCGCAUCGAUUGGUUCCACAAUGGAAGAUCGUUCGCCACUGGAUCUCGCGUGCACCAGAUAAACGACUUUGGUUUUAUCUCGUUGGAUAUGUCGUAUACCUAUGCCAGAGAUAGUGGCGAGUAUGUUUGCAGAGCUACCAAUAAGUGGGGUUCUGCUACUACCAAGGCUACCAUAACUUGUAAAUCUAAGAAAACCAUAGAUUUCGACUCACAGCUGCCUUCAGGCAUGAGUGGCGAGAAAUUGAAGGAACUAGAACGUGGUCCAGUCAGCGAACCACCGCCUGCUGAAGAGCCACCACGUCAACCACCGAAAUUUAUCACGCAUAUACAAUCAGCAACAGUGGACGAAUCGGAAGCGGUCAGAUUCGAGUGUCGCGUGGAACCGAAGGACGAUCCGAAUCUCCGUAUCGAAUGGUACAGAAAUGGAAAAUUGAUCCCGGCUGGACACAGAUACAGAACGAUGUACGAUAUGGGAUUCGUGUCUAUGGAUAUUUUGUAUGUCUACCCUGAAGACUCGGGAGAAUACGUGUGCAAAGCUAUAAAUGAUCUCGGAGAAGACACUACUAGAGCAUCGGUAUCAUGCAAAAAGUUGCCCAACAUCAUUCUACAGAACCAAGUGCCAAAGGGUAUGAAGAAGUCGGAAGCGUUGAUGCAGAUGGAAGCUACCAUCAAGAAGUACACCUCGGAAGUCCACCUUACAGAGGACGAUCUCUACGACGCGGACAAGAAACAACCGCCUCGUUUCGUCACCCAGAUCCAAGAUCAAACCGAGCUGGUCGAGAUGAACAGCACGAAAUUCGAAUGUCAAUUGGCGCCAGUCGGCGAUCCAAACAUGAAAGUCGAAUGGUUCUUCAAUGGCAAACCUCUACCGCACAAGAACAGAUUCACUCCUAUUUACGAUUUUGGUUACGUGGCCAUGAACUUUGGCUGGGUCUAUCCUGAAGACAGCGGCGAAUACCUUUGCAGAGCCACGAAUCUUUAUGGAAUGGACGAGACACGGGCUGUGAUUCGAACGGCUGGCAAGCCUGGAAUUAUUUACGAGUCCCAAUUACCGAAAGGCAUGAAGAGUAUCGAAAAGAUCAGAGAAAUGGAAGCUGCAUGGCAAAUAGUACCUGAGGAAGAAGGUGAAGAAGAGAAGGUGAGAGCGCCUCCAACAUUCGUGAGCAAACCAGAACCAGUGACCGUCGAAGAGGGCGAUUGGUCCAGAUUCUGCUGUCGUGUCACUGGUCACCCAAGACCUCGUGUCAUGUGGAUUAUCAAUGGACACACCGUGGUCAACGGAUCGCGUUAUAAACUGACUUACGACGGCAUGUACCACCUGGACAUCCCGAAAACGAGGCAAUACGAUCACGGAAAAGUGGAGGUGAUCGCGAGAAGCUCGGUAGGCGAGGCACGCACCGAAACCACAUUGACAGUGAAACCACGAAGCGACGAUUAUCGUGGCGUGUUGAAGAACUCGCCAAGACCUUGGUAUGAUUACGGGCUGACCCAAUACCAAACGGAGCGACAGAACACAGAGCUCGAAAGAGUUUUCGACGAGAGGCACCACAAUAUCUCUCAGGGCAUCGAGAUCGCCACCGAACACCUUGGACAGAAGGUCUACAAAGAACCAGAGACAGAGUGGCAAAAGUCUGUGAAGAGUAAGAAGAACGAGGACUAUUACAACAAGCUGAUGACCCUCGAGGAGGAACAGGUCUUAAAGGAGAGUAGAUUGAGAGAAUCCAGCCACCAGUUUGCCAUUCCCGGCGAAAAAGUUGUCGCCCAUUCUGUGGCGAAGGGAAUGGCCCAACAAUACGAGGAGACGCUGGAAGACAAGAAGGACGAGAAAAUUCAGGAAACACAGCAGACAACCACGACGAAAUUCGUGAAGAAGCCACACACGACGGAAGUGGACAUCGAUAUGGAGCGCGUGAAAGGAAGGUAUCCUCCAGAGCCGUCGGAAUCCACGGUGCACGGGCGCGAGGUGCACGUAGCCAAGCAAAAGCAGAUCCAGAAAGAGGUCAAAGGCGACCUGGAAAUCACCAGGAAGAUAACUGCCACGGAAACGACCGAGGUGGAGCACAAAGCGAAAACUCAGGAGCGCAUCGUUCAAGGUCCAACGAAACCGGCCAAACCUCCUGUGUUCACGAAGAAGAUUCAACCUUGCAGAGCGUUCGAGCAGGAGCAGGCACGAUUCGAGGUCGAAUUCGACGGCGAUCCAUUGCCGACCAUCAAAUGGUACCGCGAGGAUUUCCCUAUACAGAAUUCUCCGGAUCUUCAGAUCUACACGUUCAGCACGAAAUCGGUGUUGAUCAUUCGCCAAGUUUUCAUGGAGGAUUCCGGUGUGUUCUCCGUGAUCGCUGAGAAUCGCGGCGGGAAGGCGAAAUGCAGUGCAAAUUUGGUGGUCGAGGAGCGUAGAAGGCAACCGGGUAGAGGUGGAGUGGUGCCACCUAGCUUCCUGUCCACCAUUCAAAGCACUUCGGUCACCACUGGCCAACUGGCUAGAUUUGACGCCAAAGUGACCGGAACUAAGCCUUUGGAUGUUUAUUGGUUGAAGAACGGCAAAAAAGUGAUUGCAGACAUUCGUUACAAGACGCUCGAAGAGGACAACAUCUACACCCUGUUGAUUCUGGAAACUAUACCAGAAGAUUCGGGCAAAUACGAAUGCGUCGCGAUAAACAGCGCUGGAGAGGCGCGUUGCGACGCCGAGUGCACGGUCCGUGGCCCUCAAUCUCCCGCCAAAACCGCGAAACCAACGACACCUGGCGUCGAGAAGGCGCCGCAAGUGUUGGAGCCGUUGAAAGAUCAAACUAUCAGAGAGGGUACAUCCGUUGCGUUCGCGUGUAGGAUCACUGGGAAACCAGUACCCACGGUGCAAUGGAAGAAAGGCGACAAGGUUAUCAAACCAUCUAAAUAUUUCCAAAUGCAGAAGGAUGGCGACCUCUGCACCCUGAGGAUCUCUGAGGCAUUUCCCGAAGAUGAGGGAGUUUACAAGUGCAUUGCCAAGAAUCCAGCCGGUGAUGUCACCACUUCAGCAAACCUCAGAGUUCUUGCCCCCGAUGCAGCUGAUGUUCUCCCCAAAUUGUCACCACUGAAAGAUCAAAUAGUGUUUGAAGGACAACCGGCACAGUUCAAGACUCAAGUUACUCCAGCUAAACCAAAGCCAACGAUCCAAUGGUAUCGCGAAGGUGCCCUAAUUCCUCAGUCACCUGAUUUCCAGAUGAUUCACGAAGGCAAUAACGCCGUAUUGCUGAUAGCAACCACGUACGAAGAAGACACUGGCACCUUCACCUGCCGGGCUACCACUUCAGCCGGCACCGUAGAAACCUCCGCCAAACUCAUCGUAAAAAAGAGGAAAGGAGCGUAUUACGAGGUUCCUGCUGAGACGGGACCAGAUGUAAAACCGUCGACAGAUUAUGGAAGAGAUAUUAUCCUAGAGCCAUUGACUCUAGAUGAAAAUGGAUUGCCACUCGAAAGUCUACCCUUGCAAUCUGGUGACGAAUCGUUACCUUGGAGAAAGGGACGGGUUCAUCAUCGACCUCGACUUGGCGACGUGACGCCAUGGAGGAAAACGAAACCAAAAUCUCGCGAUACAUCUUUGGACAAGUUGCAGACCGCGGAAGGCCAAGUGAAACCUUGGACAGAGGAAGCCGUAGUACUGAAGAAAACUCCGCAGGUGCCUCGUGAAACGCCGAGGGAAAAAUUGGAGGAAGUCGAGUUGAAACCAACGAAAAUCGAGAAGAAAGAUAUUACAAGAGCUAGCCUCGAAGCGGUUGAUCUGAAACCUGUUGUUAGAGAAGUGACGAAAGAAGUAAAAACUGAAGAAGAGAAAAUCACUCGACUGGAUAAGACUACGGAAGAAGUUUACGUGGAAGAAGAAGAUUCUAGAUUUGUCAAAACCUCGAAAAAAAUAGAUGAAACUGUUCAAAGGAAAAAAGAAGAAGCUAAACCUUGGACCGAAGAGAAAGUUACGUUAAAAAAGUCAAAACUCGAUAGGAAAGAGAUCCCUAGAGAAACUUUAGAGACUGUGGAACUGAAACCUUCAAAGAUCGAUAGGAAGGAGAUUGAGAAAGCUACUUUGGAAAAGGUAGAUUUGAAAUCUAUUCCUACGACAGUAACUGAGAAGAUUACUGAAGAAACGAUCUCGAAGGCUGAAUACCUUGAACAGGAGGACAUUUCGAUGUUGGAUGUGACUAAGAUCGAAGAAGUGAAGAAAUUGAAGAAAGAAAAGAUAGAAGAAAAAGUGGAACAAGCGAAACCUUGGACAGAAGAAAAGAUCACGUUAAAAAAAUCUAAACCAAUAAAGAAAGAGAUUGAGAAAGAAAGUAUAGAAACUGUAGAACUAAAACCAUCGAAGAUUGAGAAAUUACCUGAUCAAAAACCAAGUUUGGAGAAAGUAGACUUGAAACCUAUUCUAACGACUGAGAAAAUCACCGAGAAAAAAGUCACUGAAAAAACUAAGUAUUUUGAAGAAGAGGAUACUGCUUUAUUAGAAGUAUCAAAGACUGAAGAACUGAAGAAAGUAAAGAAAGACAAGGUUGAAGAAAAACCGGAAGAGAAGCCUAAACCUUGGACUGAAGAAAAAGUUACAUUGAAGAAGAUCCAGCCUGUGAAAAAAGAAGUUGAAAAGGAGACGAUAGAAACGGUUGAAUUGAAACCAUCGAAAAUAACGAAAACUGCAAUUCGAAAAGAGAGUUUAGAAACGGUGGAUCUUAAAGCUGUCACGAAGGAAACAGAAAAAACAGUGAAAGAAAUCGUGCAGAAGACUGAUUACGUGGAACAGGAAGACACGACAUUACUUGAUAUUUCUAAGGAUACACAAAUGAAGAAAACGAGGAAAGAGUCCAUCUCAGUGGAAAAAGUGGAACAACCUAAAUCUUGGACUGAAGAAAAAAUAACAUUGAAGAAAGCCAAACCUGAAAAGAAAGAAAUAUCGAAAGAAACGUUCGAGACUGUACAAUUAAAACCAUCCAAGCCAGAAAAGGCAGAUAUAGAAAAAUCGAGUCUCGAAGAGGUAGAUUUAAAACCUAUUCCUAAGAAAGAAGUUCUUAAAAAACUUGAAGAAAAAGAGGUGGUCGUUGAAGAUGACACGACUCUUCUUCAGAUCACCAAGGACACUGAAACUGUCAAGAUCGACAAAAAAGUAAAGAAAAAGGAGGAAGUUGAAAGAAAAACUUCGGAAACUAAGCCUUGGACUGAAGAGAAAAUAACCUUAAAGAAAGCGAAAGUCGAACAGAAAGAAAUUCGAAGGGAAAGUUUGGAAGAAGUGAUCUUGAAACCAACUAAAACAGAAAAAAGAGAGAUAAAGAAGGAAACAUUGGAGAAAGUAGAUUUGCAAAAAGUAACUGACAAGACUCAAUUCGUAGAGGAAGAAGAUACAAAAGUUUUGAAAAUAGACAGAGAAGAAAAGAUCGAGGAAGACAAAAUAGAGAAAGUAGCGACUUGGAGAAAAGAAAGGAAACCGAAGGAACAAAUACCAUAUCAUGAAGAAGAGGAUAAAACGAUAUUGGACGUAAAAAAAGAUGUCGAAUUCAUUGAGAAACAGAAGGAAGUUCCAAUACCUUGGGCGAGAGGUAAGAAAAAACCUACAGAAAAAGUUCCUUAUCAUGAAGAAGAAGAUAUUACUCUUCUUGAUGUUGAAAAGACUGAAAAGACGACUGAGAAACAGGCGAAGGAGGAAGUACCGGUUCCAUGGGCACGAGGAAAGAAAGCAAAAGAAAAACCUGAAGUUCCACAGAAAGUGCAAUUUGAAGAAAAGCCAGUGGAUGAAAAAGAAAAAUUGGAACCAACGCAAGUUCCAUGGCUUCGAGAUAAGAAAGUGACAAAGAAGAUACCAGAAAAGAAAGAGGAACCGGUUGAGGAUAUCAAAUCUGUCACAUUGAAACCGGUCAGGCACGAACAUAUACCGGAAGAGAAGGAGAAAAUAGAAGAGAUAACAUUGAAGCCUGUUAAACGCAUUCCACGUGAAGAAAAAAAGAAAGAGGAAAUACAAUUGAAACCCAUUCCGAAACCCAAGCCUGAAGAGAAAUCACAUGAAGAAGUGAUGUUGAAACCAUUCCAAAAAUCGAAACCGGAAGAAGAGAAACCGAAGAAACCGGAAUUAAAACCAUUCGAGAAACCUAAACCUGAAGCACCAGAAGAGGAAAAAAUACAGUUAAAACCAUUCAAACAAGAAAAACCGGAGGAAAAGUCGAUUAUAAUCCCACAAAAACUUCCGGAAAAACCACAAGAAGAAAUAAAGGAAGUUGAAGAAGUAUCAUGGCAUAGGAAACCGAAAAAACCGUCGAUUACAGAAGAAAAACCUGUUGAAAAAAUACCAGAAAAGAUAGCAGAGGAAAAAGUAAUUAAAAAGGAAGAGGAAAUGAUCGAAGAUUUCAAAUCAGUAGCUUUGAAAUCGGUUAAACGAGAGAAAAAACCUGAGGAACGGGAAGAUAAAGAGGAAAUCACAUUGAAACCAGUGAAACGUACUCAUAAAGAGGAAGAAAGCACGGAGGAAAUUAAAUUGAAACCGGUAGAGAAACCAAAACCAGAGAAAAAGAUCGAAGAAAAAGAAGAGAAACCCUUGAAACCGAUCGAAAAAGAAAAACCAAUUGAAUCAGAAUUGCCUUGGCGACGUGACAAAAAGAAACCUAUCGAGCAAAAAGUUACCGAAAUCCCAAUUGAAGAGAAAAAAGUGGAAGAAGAACAACAAGAAGUUAGUUGGCGAAAACCACGGGAAAAAGUGAUGAAGGAAGUACAAAAAGAAGAAGUGGAAGAUUUCACGGCAGUUAAACUGAAACCAGCAAGAAAAGAAAAAAGACCGGAAGAAAAGGAGGAAAAGGAAGAAGUAGUAUUGAAACCAAUUGAGAAAAUACUAAAAGAGGAAGAAACAAUUGAAGAAGUGACACUUAAACCAGAAACAGUCGAAAAUGGUGAAAUUCUUGAAGAAAAAACUAAAUUGCCAUGGCGACGUGGUAAAAAACCAAUAAAGAAAGAGAUUAAACCCGAACAAUUACUAAAAUCUGAAGAAGAAGUAUCUAAAAGGAUAGAGGAACAAAUAACACCUAAACAUAAAGAUGAGAAGCCUGACGAAAAAGAAAUACCAGAGAUUAAAUUAAAACCAGUUAAACAUAUAGAAAAACCAGAAGAAGAGAAGCCUGAAGAAGUAAAAUUGAAACCUGUAAAACGACUUCCUAAAGAAGAAGAGGAAAAAGAAGUGGUAACGUUGAAACCAAUAAAGAAAGAAAAACCAGAAGAAGAGAAACCCGAAGAAGUGAAAUUGAAACCUGUAAAACGACUUCCUAAGGAAGAAGAAGAAAAAGAAGUGGUAACGUUGAAACCAAUAAAGAAAGAAAAACCAGAAGAAGAGAAACCCGAAGAAGUUAAAUUGAAACCUGUGAAACAUCUUCCUAAAGAAGAAGAGGAAAAAGAAGUGGUAACGUUGAAACCAAUAAAGAAAGAAAAACCGGAAGAAGAGAAGCCUGAAGAAGUUAAAUUGAAACUAGUAAAACGUAUAGAAAAACCAGAAGAAGAGAAACCCGAAGAAGUGAAAUUGAAACCUGUAAAACGACUUCCUAAGGAAGAAGAGGAAAAAGAAGUGGUAACGUUGAAACCAAUAAAGAAAGAAAAACCGGAAGAAGAAAAACCUGAAGAAAUUAAAUUGAAACCAGUAAAACGUCCUGAGAAACCAAAAGAGAAGAAACCAGAAGAAGUGAAAUUGGAACCGAUUCCAAAGCCUGUUCCUGAAAAAGUUGAAGAAAAAUCUGAAGAAGAGGAGGAAAAAAUAUUACCAUGGCGUCGUGGCAAGAAAACGAAAAAGAUCGUCGAUUUCCGAGAAGAAGUAACUGUGGUACCGAUCGAUCAAGAGAAAGUGAUUACAGAGGUAAGCAAAGAAGAAACAAAGAUCGUCGAACAAAAAGUGGAGGAUAAAAAAAUAAUUCAAAUGAAGGUAAAAGAAAUCGAAGAGGAGAAACCGGAAGAAAUUGCACUUCCAUGGAGAAAACCGACGAAAGAGGUAAAAGAGAUCAUCGAAGAAAAAGUCGUAGUUGAAGAAAUUAAACCUGAAACAAAGGAAGAUAAAAUUAUUGAAGAAAUCACUGAAACAUCGGAAGUCUCUUGGAGAAGGAGGCAAAAACCGAAAAAAUCGAAAGAAGAGAAAGAAAUAGUUGACUUGAAACCAGUCGAGAAACGCGAAGAGUUCGUAGAAAGAAUAGAAGAAAUCGUUCUUAAACCCGUCAAAAAGGAGAAAGUACCCGAGGAAGUCGAGAAAGAUGAAAUUCGUUUGAAACCUGUUCCCAAAAAACCAAAGGAGGAAGAAGUACCCGAAAAGGUGACUUUGAAACCUGUCAAGAAAGAGAAACUCGAGGAAAAACCUAAGAAAGAAGAAAUACCAGAAUUGAAACCGGUAAAAUUAGAAAAACCGAAGAAACCUGAAGAAGAAGAGAUAAAGGAAGAGCAAGUGACCGAAGUAUCAUGGAGGAAACCUAAAAAGAAACCGGAAGAGGUACCUGUAUCUAUAGAAAAAGAAGAAGUUUCCACGCAAGAAGUUCAAGUGAUCGAAGCGACUAAAGUGGAAAAGAUCGUUGAAGAUGUAGAGGUAGAGAAGAAAAAAGUCCAAGUUGAAGAUCGUAGGAGGAAGCAUAAACAACGUACGCAAGUCGAGAUAUCUAUCACAGAUAAAGAUAAAAAAAUUGCUCCGAGAUUUAUUCAGAAACUUCAACCCGUUAUCGCGCAACCUGAAACAACCGCAAAAUUCACGUGUACAGUAUUUGGCAAUCCAUUCCCCGAAAUUACCUGGUACAGAAACGAGCAGGAGCUUCAUGUGAGUGAGAAGUACAUAAUGACCAUCUACGAAACGACCGCAUCGUUGGAGAUAACGAAGGUGAAGGAGGAGGACGCUGGAAUGUAUUCUUGCAGAGCGUCGAAUCCGGCUGGAGUAGCCACGUCUACCGUCAAUCUCGUGAUAUUUGAAAAAGAGGAAGAGGGCAUAGCGCCACAUUUCGCGACACCGAUAAAGCCUCUCAUGGUGGAGGAGCACAAGCCAGCUCAGCUCGAGUGCAUCGUCACUGGCACACCGAUGCCGGAAGUGAAAUGGUACCGUGGGGAGGAAGAGCUGAAACCGGAAAAGGGCAGAGAGAUUACGUUCAAUCCGGAAACUGGGGAGGCGAAAUUGUGCAUAUUGGAGCCGACCGAGGAGGAUGAGACGAUAUAUCGCGUACGAGCCGUGAACAAAUUCGGACGCGCCGAAUGUAGAGCGAAUCUGGUGAUCAGUAACGUGGUGAGGGUGAGCAAACCGGAAGUUCUGAGGGCGCCAAAGAUCACCAGACCCCUGCCAGCCUUGGUCGCCGAGUUUGGAAAGCCUUUGACCUUGUCCGCUGAUUUCGAGAGCAGGCCUACACCGGAAGUGAAAUGGUACCGCAACGGAGCCGAAAUUGUACCAUCUGACAAACGUGUGAUUAAGAUUUACGAAAAUACGACAGAGUUGUACAUUCCUGAGGUGACGAAGAAGGAUGGAGGGAAGUACGAGGUCCGAGUGGAAAAUCCUGUCGGUGAGGCGAGAAGCUCUGGCUCUGUGACGGUGAAGGAACGAGAGGACAAGGCGGACGAGGUGAAAGCACCAAGAUUUAUCGAGCCGUUGCAACCGCAAAUCGUAACCGAGGGAGAGGUCGUGAUCAUGGAAACACGUGUCGAUUCCUACCCGGCAGCCUCCUUCCAAUGGUUCCACGAUACUCAUCCUUUGGAGUCCACGCCACAGAUGAGGAUCGUAACGCAAGAGAACAAAUCGAUCCUAAUGAUCAAGGAGAUCAAACCCGAGUUCUCGGGCAUAUAUACUUGUCGUGCCGAAAAUGUUGGCGGAUCUGUCACCUGCACGGCGACCAUAAAUCUGCUGGAUACACCUUGGGAAGAAACCGUGGAGCUGGUUUCACCGACGUUCGUCAAACGGUUGUCACCGGUCAGGAUCAUGGACGGUGAAAGUGCCAACCUGACGUGCAUCGUCCAGGGAAAACCCACGCCUAGGGUCGAGUGGUACCACGAUAAUAAACCGAUCAAGGAGGGCAAGGAGAUCACGAUCGUGCAAGACACGGAAGGCGUUUGCAGUUUGGCCAUAACCGAAGUAUUUCCAGAGGAUGCUGGAGAAUACACUUGUCGUGCCGUGAAUCCUGUUGGGGAAGCGGUUUGCACGUCGUCGCUUAUUGUGGAGGCGUACGAGUAUGUACCGGAUUCAGAGAUCGCUUCUUCGAUUGUCGCGACGUCUCUUACUACAGGGCAAAGCGGUUCGGAAGAGGAUCUUUUAUCUCCAAAGGAAACACCUUUGUUCGAUACGGACGAGGAGUCUGCGCCGGAGAUAGUAAAGAAACUUCCUCAAUUAAUUCCUACCAAAGUCGGAGAACUAACCAGAUUGGAAGUGAAGGUAAAAGGGAAACCAAAGCCAGAAGGAAAAUGGUACAAGCAGGGCGUCGAGAUCGUGCCGUCCCAAGAAUUCCUGAUCGAGGAAUUCGAAGAUGGCACUUCCGUGUUAACGAUAGCCGAAACUUAUCCCGACGACAUGGGUGAGAUUGUGUUCGAAGUGCACAAUCCACUCGGCGUAUCGACCACGACCACCUAUCUGUCGGUAGAAGGAAUCGUCGGAACGAAGGAGUACAGGAAGCCAUCAUGGGUCAUCCAGAUGGAGGAGAUGCAAGAAGCUCUAAGAGCCACGCAAUCUGUACCACGAUUCAUUCAAGAGAUUACCGAUGUUUAUGCGAAGGAAGGUGAAACCGCAGUGUUUGAAUGCAUAUACUCUGGCAAUCCUGUUCCAGACGUCGUAUGGUACAAGAACGAUAAAAUGAUCAUUAAUACCCCGAACGUGAAAAUACGUCUCUUGGAUGAGGAGAAAAAGACAAUAUUGACAAUUAAACACGCGACCGAAGAAGACGACGCCACUUAUGUGUGCAAAGCAACAAGUGAGAUUGGUUUAACAACGACGAAAGCUAAACUACAUGUAACAGAAAUAACUGGCAAGAAAAUCUUCGAGGACGAAGAACAGUUCGAGGAGGAAAUAAUAGAGGAGAAACCUAAGAAGAAGCCUGAAGAAGAGAAACCUCACAAAAAGAAGAAGCCAGAAAUGAAGAAGGCUAAAGAGAAAGAAAAAGUGAAAGGGGAACGUGUGAAGGUAGAUAAGAAGGAGUUGCAUAAAGAGAAACUGGUUCCCAAGGAACAGCCAGAAGAAAAGAAAAUUGUGGAUAUCGAAGAAACUCAGGUGCUUGAAACGACAGAAAUUAUCGAAGAACAACCGACAGAGGUGACACGAGCAAAGAAAGUGGUGCCGAUCCAAGAGCCUCUAAUAACAGAGGCGACCGCGUCACUGAAGAAAAUCGACGAUGAGAAAGCGCGGGAAAUUAUACCGAAGACGGAGGAACGCGCGAAGAGGGUGGUGGAGGAGCGAGAGGGAGUGGUGGUUUCAGAAAUGGCCAUCGAAGACACGGCCCGUGAUUUCACAAUAGAAUCGGUGGUGGAUCGUGCACAGGUCACGUCAGAAAUAUUGCAAACCGUCUCCGUGUCGGAGGUGCACACGGAGGCCAGCGUCCAAGAGAUCAAACGAGUGGACACGAGGAGGAAAGCGAAGAAAACCGUGGUGACAGAGGAAGAGGAGCGGCCAAGAGAAAUCGUGGUUGAGGAGAAACCGAAAAAGAAGAAGAAGGAGAAACUGAAGCUGAAGGAGGAAGUGACCAUCGAGGAAAUAGUGGAGAGACAAAGGGAAAGUAUCGCGAGAGAGGUGGAGGAAAUUAUGGAGACUCUUCACGCGAAAGAGUUCGGGCCAGGGGAGGCUCCUCUUCGAGAAUUGGCCACCAUCGGUUUCUUGGUACGCCAGGGUGUCUCUGUGAACGAGAUCAACGAGAGCUUGUAUAGAACGGACAAUUUCCCUGCGUUGAAAACCCCCGAGGCUCAGAAUGCGCUUGUCCAAUUGGUCGAGAGGGAGGGUCAUGGGCCAUUGAUCACCCAAGUUCUGACGGAAGAAACGACUACCGACGAGAGUGUGGUGGCUGCUACCGUCGGCUUCCGCGCCUUUAUGAGGAUGAUCGAGUUGCAACACGUCACUGUUGAAGAGGUCCUCACACAUUUCGCGCCGGAGGACUUCCGGCCGCGAGCUUGGGAAGUUACGGAAGCCACGGAAGUUGAAACAGAGGAACGGAUUACGGAACGAGUGGAUGUCAUCCACAAAACGGAGGUCCAUUUCAUGGAGAGGAGGGACGAAAGAAAAGCCGUCCGCACACAGGAUAUUCGUGACAUUAAAGAAUACGAGGACACACGGCAGGCACACACGACACUGCGCGAACGAAAAUUAACGAAACCGAAGGAACAAAUCGAAGAGAGAAAAGAAGAUAGGGACGAGGGGGUUCAAGUUGUAGAGAUUGAGGAGAUUGAGGAAACCGAAACCGGGAGGAAGAAGAGAAAGGACGUGGAAGAAAUCGAGGAGGAAAUCGAGACAAUUAUCGUUGAGACAGACUCGAAGGGCAAACUGACUCAGAAACAAAAGAAACGUGAUGAUUUGAAGAAACGCGUGGAUGUAGAAGAAGAGGAGAUCAUAGAAAAAGUGAGAAAAGAAUUGACACCUAAAAGGCCACGUAUUGGACAAGAUGAAGUUGAGAUGGAAGAAAUCGAAGAGUUCGAGAUAAAGAAAGACAGAUCUAUGCCUUCCCUCAUAUUAAAUGUUUCUAGCCAACGUCACCAAAUAAUACCUUUGGAUCGUACCAUUGAACAAGCACCUGGUAAACUGGAAUUGGAGAAAGCCAAAUUAACAAUGGAUAUCAUUACGCCAUUAACCGAACAUUUGGUCCCUGUUCAGGAGAAAGAAAUCGAUGACAUUAGCCAAAUUAAACCCAUAGAACGAAAAGCGUCUUUGUCCAUCUCGCCAGUGGAACCUUAUUCCAUCAGAACAACCGUCCAAGCCUCCACUGGCGAAUUCGCGGGUACUUUCAAACCUACAUCCUACGAAGCGACACCUGGCAUCGUGCCAUCCGAAAGUUUGGUAGUCAGCGAAACUCUGGCUAACGACGCCGAGUUAUCCAGUUUAACCAUUACUAAACAGGAAAUCACUAGAACUGCAGAUGUUAGUAUGACUCUUCAGGAAGCUACGACUGUUUAUGAAACCAUGGUAAGUCAAAAGGAAGCUCCGACGGAAGAUUUCGUGUCACCAUUGGCUGUCAAAGCAGAAGACACUAUCCUUCCUCAAAUGGGAUUAUCUGUAUACGAGAUUCAGGAAGGACUAACAGAGGAUAAGUUAGAACCCUUGAAGACUUUACCGACUAAGCCUAGAGUGAACGUCACUGCGGUUGAACCAUUGUUCGUGGAAGAGGUUAGAGCAGAAGACAAACCAGGAAAGUAUUAUCCAGAACUUGUAGUUCCAACAGAGGUCGCCACUAAAACCGUGAUUCCUCAACGACAACGAGUGACUGAGGAAAUGUACGCACCUGAAAAGGAGGGCAUGUAUGUUCCAGGAAGAUUACCACCUAGUCAGAAAGCACAGAUUGGAAUAUCUUAUGGAAACGAAACUGCUAUAGUUCAGCAAAAUAUCAUACAGGAAAGCGAAGGGGUAUUUAUUAGAAGAAAAACUGACACUUUUGAAGCUACACCCAAUGUCACUAUGCUUGAAGGAGUUUCCGUGUCUACAAUUCAAACUCAAGAUACAGAAAGCGAUUUGGUGAUUGAAGAGAUGAAGAAGGCAGUGGCUGACUUGAACAUCAUUGAGAUCGCAUCAGCAGUGACAAGUGAAACUGUGCUAUCUGAAAAAGAAAAAGAAUAUCAACUCGAAGACAAACCAAUUACCAAAACGGCUGAGAUAUCUAUUUCUUCAUUGGAAAUCGGUUCUAUCGCGAGCACUAUCGUUCAAGAGUCUGAGGGAAUAUAUCAUCCUGAUCAGAAACCAACCAAAAUAUUGGCAGAGACUUCUAUCAAACCUGAAGAAUAUGUGCAGAUAUCUGAAAUUCAAACAGCGGAUUAUCCAUCUGAUUUUAAAGAAGAAUUGAAAUACGUGCAAGAAAGUGGAACAAUUGCUGUACAAUUAAUGGAGGCUAAAAUGAUUCAAGAAACUAUGACCCACGAUCGAGAAGCAAAGAUAGAGGAAUUGGUGAAACCAGAAGAGCGUGUUGUAGAGACAAGCUACGACGCCAUUAAAAGUGUCGAAGUAUUCCAAACUACAUCCAUAGAGAAGGAAGCUGAUCUAAAGAUCUUCGAAAUGCCAGAAUCUCAUCGUGGAAAGACAGUACCUACUCAUCCUGUUGUUUCAUUGGAGAUCGAAAUGACUCAACCGGAAGAUAAUUUAGGCAUGAUCAAAAAGGAAGUUCCAUCGUCUGGUAUCGCUAAAAUAGAACCUAUUGGUUUGCAAGAAACCAUAAUAGGUGAAACUGUGAUCGCUGAAGAUGUAGCACCGGUUCAAAAAGAUAAAGUUCCUGAAUUCAAGAUAGCCGAAAUGACAAUGAACGAGAUAGAGAGUUUGCACACCACAAUGGUGAUAGCCAAUGAGAAAGCUGAAUAUACCGAGAUUUCUGAAGUGAAAGGAGCUUAUGCUAAUACAGAAUUCACUACACAGGUGGCGCCAAUAUUCGAAGAGGUUAGAACUCACUCACCAACAGGAGAAUAUGUUUCGGAAGAAAAACCAGUUUCUAGCGUAGCUCAACCAUCGCACAUUCCAUUGGAAAGUAUAACAAUUGCUAUGCAAGAACUGGCAGAAAAAGAAGAUUUGUAUACGACUAAAAUACAGCCAGAUAAAAAGACUGCCAUUAUAGAAUUGACCGAACCUAGACCUGGUCCAACUGUACUUGAAGUUAUUCCUCACGAUCGUGAGAAUGUGUACAGUCCUGAUGUAAAACCACAAGAUUACACCGCUGAAACUUUAGUAUCUGGUCAUACAGUUGCAUUAAAAUCUGAGACUUCGGUGGAGCAAAGCACUGCUGACAUGAGCAUCGAUCAACCUAAAUCAAGAAAGGCCAUACCUCAACGAGAUGCUUUGGAAGAAUUGAUCGUGACAGAGACAACUGUUGCCGAGACUGAAAAGACCAGAGAAGCGGAUAUUCUUCCAACUAUUCAAAGUGCGGAGAUUGAAAUUCAAUCGAAGACCGAAAAAUUAACCGUGAUCGAGGUAACAAGUAUCCAGAAAGAAGAAAAAUUGGAAAUAGAGGAAAUACCAAAGGAAAGAAAAGUUAUUCUGGGUAUCACUGGAGGACAUGAGGUGGCUGAGAUGCAAGAGAACGUUCUAGCAAGUAAUGUUAAUAUUUUAAAAGAAGAAAAAAUCAAAGAGGAGCACGCUAGUCAACAACAAAGUGGAUUAGAAGUGGUAGAGCAGACAGAAAUAUCAAUCUCUGAGAAAGAAUCUCCACUUCAAGAAGACGUGAAACCUGAUACUAAGAACAUUGAUAUUACAUUCCAAGAAGGAGAGGGUAUCGUUGUAGGUAUGACAUAUCCUGAGGAUAAAGAGGGAAUAUUUACUCGAGAAGAAAAACCAAAAGGUGUAGAAGCUACAGUAGAUAUCAUUACGCAAGGAGUAGCAUCCAAGUUUGAAAUUUUGAGUGACAUAGAUUUGAGUAAUUUGCCGGAUGAAACGAUUCAAGAGAUGAAACCUAAAACUACGAUAUUGCCUAUUGAAGCUGCAAUUGCUGAAGAAGUACAGACUAGAGAAACAGAAGCACCAUUCAGUGAGAUUAAACCUAACAAUAAGAAAGCGAAUCUCGAGUUCGUGACAGGCGAAGGUUUGAUUAUUUCAGCGAUUACAGCUGAGGACAAGGAGAGUCUACUUCCAGAAGCUGAAAAACCGGUCAAAUCCGCCAAUUUCGACAUUUCAACGCAUUCCGUAGCUCAAACCAACGAGACUACUACUACAGACAAUGUAGGCGAGUUUAAACGAGAAGAAAUGCAUACAGCAACAGCUACAACUGAUCAUAUCACAUUCCGCAGUGUGAUUACAUCUGAAACAACUGCUGGUGAUCUUGAAAAAUCGAUGGAAGAUUUCGUUCAACCGGACAAAAAGAUGGUCAAUGUCUUCCAGGAGGAAGAAGGAGUAACAAUCAGAACAAUUACAUCAGAUAAAGAGAAAGAGUACUUCAAGAAGUUAGAAAUACAAGGAGAACAGGCUACUACAAGCUUUGAUGCACAUAAGGUUGCACAAUUAACAGAGAUCAAUCCAGCUGCUAUUUCUGGAGAUUUAACUGUGCCUGCUCCAACCACAGUAGCUGCCAAGGAAGAACAACUACCAUUUGAAAGUAUCGUUCAAACAGAAACCAUCGUGUCUGAAACUGAGAAGGAAUUGAAAGAUAAACCUGUAAUCACUAAUAAAGCAAAAGUUUCUGUCAAUGAAAUUAUCAGUGCAACGACUACUACUGAGAUUCCAGCUGAUAAAGAGGAUAUUCUUCAAAUAUCUGAGAAACCAUCUGAGAAACAAGCUAAUGUACAAUUCGUUGGACAUAUGAUUGCGGAGAAAACAGAAGUGACUAUUGAUUCCAGUGCUGGUAAAUUGGAGAAGAUGGAACCAGUCUCCGCAUUAGCAGUGCCAUCUACCGUCCCUUUGGAAGCUGUAAUCAGCUCGGAAACUCAACCAACUGAAGUUGAAGUUGUUAUCAAAGACAAAAAACCAUCGAAGGCUCUAGCAGACUUAUCUAUAGUAGAAGAGCAAAGUAUACAAGUGUCAGCCGUGAUUUUGGAAGAUAAAGAAGAAGAAUACAAGUCUAAAAAUUUGCCAGAGAUAAAGACUGCUGGAAAAAGCCUGGUUUCUGGCCAUAUGGUAGCCGAGACGACUAUGCAGAUUGUAGAUUUCAGCACUGGAGAAUUCAUUCAAGAGAAGCCAUCAGGUGCUACCGCUGCACCAGAACAUGUUCCGUUCAUUUCAUUGAUAGAAUCUCAACCAAUUAUACAGGAAAGCGAGGACAAAUUCAUACCAGGUCAAUUACCAGAAAACAAGACCGCCAUUGUAGAUCUUGAAGAGAGUAAGAAAAUUGUAAUUGUGUCUCAAGUGACUCCAGCAGACAAAGAAUCUUCAUACAUCUCUGAAGAACAGCCAUCAAAACAUGCAGCCUCGUUUGGGUUAGAUACUAUCCAUGGAAUUGCUGAAACAACCACCAUCUCCGUAGAGGAUUCAAUAAGUGAAGUGAAAUUAGAGAAACCAGACACUAAGAAAGCACUAACCAGUCAGGAACUGUAUCAAAGUUUGCUGGUCACGCAAGAUAUCGUUCAGGAUCAAGAGAAUACCUUCGAAGGAGAGUUCAAGCCAACUGUUCAAAAGAUAGAAGUAUCUAUCGAAGAAGGUAAACGUGUGAUUAGUGCCAUCGAAAUCAGCGCAGCUGAUAAAGAAGAGAUAUUAAAGACAGUCCAAGAAGAAAGAGUAAGAUCAGCAGUGCCAACUAUCGUCUCUGGACACGAAGUAGCAGAAAGAUCUGAAAUUAUUCCUCAUUUGAGUACUGAAGAAAUGGACAUCGUCAAACCUACUAUAGCCACUGCACAAGUAGGUCAAAAACCAUUCGAAACGAUUGAAAUGAUGGAACAAGUACUGGCAGAAAAAGAAAUAGACAAGAUUAAGGAAAUAUCAUUGCAGAAGACUAAUGCUCGAAUUGCUAUAGAUGAAAAUAGAUUUAUCGCUAUCACAGAAGCGACCACAGCACAAGAUGUCGAAGCUGAAUUAUCGACAAUUAAGAAACCUCGCGAAGAAAUAGCAAAACCAUCGAUGGAGGGUAAAGAAGUCGCUGAACAGAUGGAGAUAAAUCUUAGAGAAGAACUGGGAGAUUUACCUGUAGCAUUACGACCAAUAACAUUCGAAGCUCAUCCAACACAGAUCAUAUUGGAAAGCGUUGAUAUUAGUGAGAUUGUUCCGCAAGAACAUAGCGCGGUAUUCGAGGAGAAGAUGAAAGUGGACGAACGAAGUGCAAAAGUGAGUUUCGUUGAAGGAAAGAGCGUUAAUGUUUCUCAUGUUAUUUCUCAAGAUAAGGAAGACGCAAUGAUUAUACAAAAACGUGAAGAGAGCACAGCGGAAGUGACUCUGACAAAGGUUGGAAUGGAUGUGGCACAGAAAGCUCAAGUAUUUACUGAACAGAGCACUGGAUUGAUUCAGCCAUUCGAGAAACGUGAGGUACAAGCUCAUCGUAAACAGGAUGCUCUAGAACCGAUUAUUGUAGAAGAAAUUCCAAGUGCAGAAAGUGAAGGAGUUUUUGACAAAUAUCCAAGAACAGUUUUCUCCACAGCAAUGCAGACGUUCGAGCAAGGUCAUGGAAUAUCGAUAACGGAAAUCACUUCAGCGGAAAUGGAGUCUGCGCUGAAGGAAAAGAAGCCGGAUACUUCGCAGACGGCUAAUAGUACUCUCAUCAUGGAACGUAACAUCGUUGAAACAACCAUGAUUGAAUCUCAAAUCAGCAUACCGGAUAAGAUAGAACAAGCAAGCAUGAAGCCUCAAAUAGCUGUUCCUGAACAAGAUACUUUCGAGAGCAUCAUAGUGAACGAGAACAUAUUGCAAGAAAGUGAGCGUACAUUUGAAGGUGUGUUCAAACCUCAGACUCAAAAAGCAGAUAUCGAUAUACAGAAAGUCACAUCUUUUCAAGUGACAGAGACUAUCACGGAAGACAAAGAAAGUGUUUUCGAUAUAGUACCUAAACCAGAAGGAAUUAAAGCUACUCAGGAAAUCAGUUUACACGAAACCGUGGUUGGAUCUUUAGUGGAAAGUGUUCAGAGUAUUCAGGAAAUUCAUGAGGAGAAACAAAUAUCGUCUCAAGCUUCGAUGACUCAAACUGUAAUAGAAACAGCUGUAAAAAUAGAGACAACUGUUGGUGAAAAAGAAGACACAUUUGAAGGGAAAGAUUUCAAACCUGAACAGCAAAAAGGUAAACCUCAGAUGGAGGGACUCAGCACUGUGACUGUCACGGAAAUUGUUUCUAAUGAGAUUGAAGAUAUUUUACCAGCAACAGUUGCUCCUAAAGAGCAACAGGCUCAGCCUACUCUUAUAGGCAGAGAAGUUCCGGAAGUGACACAAGUGAUUGCUGCGUCGACUAUCGAAGAAUUCGAAAAAGUGACUCAAUUGCAAAAACAGCAAGGCAAGAUAGAAAUGGAAGAGAUGUCUUCCGUCACAAUUUCUGAAGUAAUUUCUAAUGAAACCGAAGAUAUAUUCGCUUCAAAAGCUAUGCCUAAAGAUCAGAAAGCAAACUUUAAUAUUCUAGGCCGAGAAAUCGCAGAAACAUCUCAAGUGACUACUAUAUCGGAAACAGAAGAUCUUAGAUUGAAGAGACCCGAGGAACAAAAGGGAAAACCUAAAUUAGAUGAACUGACACCUCUCACAAUUUCACAUGUGAUAUCUGAAGAAGCAGAGGAAACAUUGCUAACAGCUGAAGUUCCAAAAGAGAAGACAGCUCAGCCAAGUCUGACCGGAAGAGAUGUUGCAGAAAUUAUGCAAGUAUUGACUGUUGCUAGUGCCGAAGAAAUCGUAGCAUCCAAGGCUCCGGAAGAACAGAAAGGUAAGCCACAAGUGGAAGAAUUGGCACCUUUAACUGUCUCGCAAAUAAUUUCUCAAGAAACGGAGGAAACAUUACCUACACCGGAAAUACCGAUCGGAAGAGAGGCCCAGCCUAGUCUAAUAGGCAGAGACGUGGCACAAACGACGGAAAUAUUGACUAUGGCAAAUGUCGACAUUUUGGCUGAAGAUAAAAAACCUGGAGAACAAAUAGGGGUUCCUCGUUUGGAAGAAUUUGUUUCUUUAUCUGUGUCACAGAUGAUUUCCACGGAAACGGAAGACGUGUUAGCCAGUCCUGAAGUACCGACAGAGAAAAUUGCUCAAUCGAGUUUGACUGGUCGCGAUGUUGCAGAAACAACUCAGAUAUUGACUAUGAUCGUUGCUGAAGAAUUAACAGCCGACCGUGCACCAGAAAAACAAAAAGGAAAACCAAAUAUAGAGGAAUUGACUUCCGUUACAGUUUCUCAAACAGUAUCUCAUGAGACCGAAGAAACAUUGGAGAAACAGGUAGCUCCAAGUGCAGCGAUAGCUACACCUGCAUUAUUAGGAAGAGAGAUUGCUGAGACUAGUCAAGUUCUUACAGUAACUAGCGUAGAAGAAUUGGAAAAACCUGUUCUACCAGAACAACAGAAAGGAAAACCAAAUGUAGAAGAAUUGACUUCAAUUACAAUUUCUCAGAUGAUGUCUCACGAGAUUGAAGAAACAUUAGAGAAACAAAUAGUUCCAAGUACAAUGACUGCUAAACUUGCACUGGCAGGCAGAGAAGUUGCUGAAGUCAGUCAAGUUCUUACCGUGGCUAGUGUAGAGGAAUUAGAAAAAGAUAAACUACCCGAACAACAGAAAGGAAAACCAAAUGUGGAGGAAUUAACUUCCAUCACGGUUUCUCAGACAGUAUCUCAUGAGACUGAAGAGACAUUGGAGAAACAGAUAGCUCCAAAUACAAUGAUUGCUAAACCUACAUUGACAGGUAGAGAAAUUGCUGAAAUCAGUCAAGUUCUUACUGUGGCUAGUGUAGAGGAAUUAGAAAAAGAUAAACUACCGGAACAACAAAAAGGAAAACCAAAUAUAGAGGAAUUGACUUCCAUCACGGUUUCUCAGACGGUGUCUCACGAAACUGAAGAGACAUUAGAGAAACAGGUAACUCCAAGUACAAUGAUUGCUAAACCUGCAUUAACAGGUAGAGAAGUUGCUGAAGUCAGUCAAGUUCUUACCGUGGCUAGUGUAGAGGAACUAGAAAAAGAUAAUACCGAGCAACAGAAAGGAAAACCAAAUAUAGAGGAAUUGACUUCUAUCACAGUUUCUCAGAUAAUAUCUCACGAGACAGAAGAAACAUUGGAGAAACAAAUAGCUCCAAGUACAAUGAUUGCUAUACCUGCUCUAACAGGUAGAGAAGUCGCUGAAGUGAGUCAAGUUUUAACCGUAGCUAGUGUAGAGGAACUAGAAAAAGAUAAACUACCAGAACAGCAGAAAGGAAAACCAAAUAUAGAGGAAUUAAGUUCUAUCACAGUUUCUCAAACAGUAUUUCAUGAGACUGAAGAAUCAUUGGAGAAACAAGUUGUUCCAAAUGCAACAACUGCUAAACCUGCAUUUUCAGGUAGAGAAGUUGCUGAAACCAGUCAAGUUCUCAUUGUGACUAACGUAGAAGAACUAGAAAAACCUACAUUACCUGAAGAACAGAAAGGAAAGCCAAGAUUGGACGAAUUGACGUCCAUAACUGUUUCUCAAAUAGUAUCGAAUGAAUUAGAAGACAAAUUACCUUCUCCUGAAAAGCCAAGCGAAAAAAUCGCACAACCGCAGAUGGUUGGCAGAGAAGUAGCUCAGAAAACGGAAAUUCUAACAGUGAGCAAUGUCGAAGAGUUACAGAAAUCGGAGAAACCAGAAGAUCAAAAAGGAAGACCGGAUGUGGAGGAACUGAGCUUUCUCACCGUUUCCGAAGUGGUGUCCACAGAAGCAGAAAAAGAACUGCCUGCUCCAAAAGCUCCCAAAGAAUAUAAAGCGCUUCCACAAUUAGAUAGUAUCGAAGUAGCAGAAACAUCUGAAGUAUUGACAAUAACAAGUACCGAAGAACUUCCAAAACCUAAAGCUCCUGAAGAACAGAAAGGAAAACUUCAAUUAGAGGGAUUGCUUUCUUUAUCUGUCUCAGAAAUCGCAUUUGGUGAGGUGGAAAAGAAUCUCGCCACUCCAGACGAACCCACCAUGCAAACAGCCAAGCCUAGCUUGAUAGGUAUUCAGGUUGCUCAGAAAUCUCAAGUGAUCCCAUCAGCUACGGCUGGAAAAUUGCAAGAAGAGAUGAAACCAGAUAUCAAACAAAUAAUUCCUGAACAGAUACCAUUCGAGAGUAUUGAGCAAUUGCAAGAAAUGGCUCAGGAAAGCGAGGGUACCUUCGUUGUGGAGAAAACAGCCAAGUCAGUUACAGCUGAGAUGUCAUUCCGCGUGUCUGAAAGCGUGGAAGUGACACAGAUAAUGACUACUGAACAAGAAUCGAAAGAGAUGAUCAAAAGCGUUGCCAAAGAAGUUUCUGCUCAAUCUGACGUGAUCAAACACGAAGUUGCUUUGAAAACAGAAGUCCAGUUAGCGGACGUGGCUGAUGAAUUCAAAGUGAUGAAAUUGGAAGGCAAGAUGGCUAGAGGUGUAGACGAGAUUCAACAAAGUGUAAUCGUUACAGAACCGCUGAGUACCGAUGAGAUUGAGUCAGAAAUGCCCGAGUCUAUAUUACCUUUCGCAAAGUUAGCAAGCGUUACUGUCGAGGCAGAACAUCUGGAACAUGUUGUGGAUAUCACGGAAGAUGUUGUAGAACAGAAAAUUGUCGAGGAAAUCCAGAAAGUGCCAAAGGUUGUCAAAAAGAUUAUUAAGAAAAAACCGCUUAAAGCUAAAGAUGAAGUAACAGAGGAAGUCGUAGAGGAAAUAAUAAUAGAGCAACCUGAUGAACAAGAAGCACAACCAAUCGUAGAAGAAUUAGAAACAGUGACAAUCACUGAACAUGAUGUACGAAAGACACCGAAGAAAAAGAAGGAGGUCGUCAUUAAGGAGGAGGAGGAGAUCUUUGAGACGAUCGAAACACACCAAAAAAUUAUUAAAAAGAAGAUUCGUCCUAUGAAAAAAGAAGGAGAAGAAAUCGUGAUGGAAGAAAUAAUUCAGAAACCACGCGAGGAAACAAUUGAAAUGGAGGAACAAAGAAUAGUAGAAGUGAUCGAAACACCUACAAAGAAAGUAGUGAAGAAAAUAAAAGCGAUAGUAAAAGAUGACGGUGUUCCCGAAGAGAUUGUUGAAGAGAUUGUGAUCGAGAAACCGCAGAAAGAAAAAGCAAAACCUAUCGUGGAAGAAGAAAAGAAAAAGAUCAAAGUAACAAAGAUUGAUCUAAAACAAGCACCCAAGAAACCGGAAGAAAUAGUUGAAGAAGAAGAAGAAAUAAUCGAAACCAUCGAAACUCCAACACAAAAAAUCAUCAAAAAGAAACCAAAAGAUAAAAAGAAAAAGAUAGUGGAAGAAGUUAUACAGAAAACAGUAGAAGAAGCAAAAGCAAUGGAGGAACGUGAAAUUGUGGAAAUCAUUGAAACACCGACAAAGAAAAUAAUCAAGAAAAAGAAAGCGAUUAUCACAGAAGGCAAAAUUCCUGAAGAGGAAGUUGAAGAAAUCGUAAUUGAAAAACCUAUUAAAGAAAAAGCUCAAAAGGAUGUUGUACCUCAAGAAGGCAUAGAAAUUACUGAAAUUAUUACGGAAACUACUGUCGAACAGUUGCCUGAAAAGAAACCUAAACUAGAAGAGAGUAAACCCUCAGAAGUGGAAGAAGAAAAGGCAGAGAUCACGCAAAUAGAAGUGAAGAAAGUACCAAAGAAGAAGAAACCAAUUACAUCGAUUGAAGAGAAAGAAGAGAUCAUAGAAGAAAUAAAACCUGAAGUGAAAAAAGAAAAAGCGGAACCAACUGAGAAAGAGAGCGUUGAGUUAACCGAAAUGAUUUCUGAAGUAAUAACAGAAAAACUUCCUGAAGAAGUUAAACUUAAGAAAAAGAAAAUUGCUAAGAUUAAGGAAACAGAAGAAAAGAUAAUAACGAAGGAAGUAGAAGUAAAAGAAGCACCAAAGGAAGCUGUGCCUCAGACAGAAGAACAACCAGAAGAAGAAGUACAAGAACUAAUUACAGAAAAACCAAAGAAAAUUAAAGCAAAGAAAGAAGUCACGUCUCAAGAUAGUAUCAUAACUACCGAAGUUAUUUCUACAAUUGCAGAAGAAGCGUUAGAAGUAGAGAAACCGGAAGAAGAUAAGGCUGUAGUAAUCGAAGAAAAGGAAGAGAAAGGUAAAAUAAAAGAAAAGAAAAUAACUGUGAAAAAGGCUCCUAAAAAGAAAGUUAUAGCAACGGAAGCUGAAGAAGAACAAGUAGAAGAAAUAAUAGAAGAGAUAACACCAGAAGAAUUAAAAAAGAAAAAGGCUAAAAAGACUGUCCUUCCUAAGGAAGAAAUACAGACAACUGAAGUGAUUACUGAAGUUACAACAGAAGAGAUAAAAGAGAAAAAACCAAAAGAGGAGAAAAUUGUUCCCAAAGAAGAAGAAAAAGUGGAAGAAGAGGCAAAGAUUAGUGAGAUUUCUAUAAAGCAAGUACCUAAAGAAAAGAAAAAGAAAGAAAUUGUAACGAACGGUGAGAUCAUUGAAGAAAAGCCAAAAGUAAAAGAAAUUUCUGAAGAAAAACCUAAAAUAAAGGAAACUCCAAAGGAAGAAAAACCUAAAGAAGAGAAACCAAAAGAAAUAAAACCAGAGGAAAAGAAACCAAAGGAAGAAAAACCGAAAAAGAAAAAAAUAGCAGAAAAGAAACCUAUGGUUGUAGAAAAGGAACAGUUCGAAGAAAGAAUAGAAGAAAUAGUAGAAGAAAAGCCAGAGAAAGUCAAACCCGAAAAAGAAAUUAUACCAAAGGAAACUAUAGAAACUACUGAAGUUAUUUCAGAAAUAGUUGCCGAAGAAUUAUCAACGAAAAAACCUGAGGAACGCAAAGCAAUAUUUGUCGAAGGAAAAUCAGAAGACAAAGUUACAGUUGAAGAAGUCUCAGUAGAAAAAGCUCCAGAAAAGAAAGAGAAAAAAAUACCAGAAGAGAAACCAAUCGAGGAAAUUCCUGAGAAACCAAAGGAAAUAAAGAAGAAGAAGAAAAAGAAGAUAAUUAAGAAAGAUGAUAUCGAAGAAUGGGUAGAACCAGAAUAUGAACGACCAGUACUGGAACCUAUGCCUGAAAAGAUACAAUGGGAACCAAAAAAGAAGAAAGAAAAGAAACCUUUACCAGAAUCCUUGCAGAAAUUGGUACCUCAGAAGAUCGAAAGAAAAGAGAUUAAACCCACGAAGUUAAAGUAUUCAGAACCUACAGAAACUGUUCAGUUUGCUGCAAUUAAAUUAAAGAAAGUAGCGAUUCCAAAAAAGAAGGAAAUCGAAGAACCCAAAUUUCCGAAAAUUAUGUUACGAAGCAGAAUUACAUUUGUUGGAGAUUAUCCACCUGAAAUACAAUAUCCAAAUAUAACCGAAUUGGAAGAAAAUCCAGUUCAAACGGGUAUUCUAUCUAGAAAUACGGAAGAAGCUCUUGAAGUUCUGAAGAGAAAAGUAAAGAAGGUUAAACUUCCCAAGAAGGAAAUGACAGAAUUAGAAAAAUUGGAUCAAGAAUUCGAAGAAUUGAAAAAGGUUCCUUUGGAAAAAAUAGAAGACAAAUCCAUAUAUGAACGUCCACCAAAGAAACCUGCGGAAAAAUCAGAAGAACCACAACAGUUAGUUGUUGGAAAAGGCAAGGUGCCGGAAGAAAAGAUAGCAGAACCUGAAAUGAUAAAAUUAAAAAAGAUUCCUGAAAAGAAACCGGAAAAAAUUGAAGAACCGUUGAAAAAACCGAUCAAACCAGAACCUGAAAAGGAAGUUAAGCCAGAAAAGAAAGAGAAACCAAAGAUAAAAUUAGAACACGAAGAACUGAGACCAUUGGAGUUCGACAGACCAGAGCUCGAAAAAUAUGUGCCCGAAGAGCAUGAAGAACUAGAGAAACCGGCACCAGAGUCAGUACCAAAACCAUAUAAAAGAGAGGAAAAGAGAAAACCAGAUCAAGAAAUAGAACAAAUUCCAUUGAUAAAAGGAGAAUCCAAACCACCAGAACCAGACAAAGAACCGGAAGUUAAGUUUAGAAUACCUCAGAAAGAAAAACCAGAAGAAGAGCCGGAAAAGAUAACGUUGAAAGGCUGGAAAAAAGACAAACCUGAGGAUGAAGGUGUCAAAGAAUUUCCAACGAAGGAAGAAGAAAAAGAAAUUCCUACGGCACCCAAAGAAGAAGCGGAAGAAAUUACCUUGAAGCGCAAAAUAAAACCAAAGAAACCUAAAGAAAAAGCUCCUAAAGAGGAAGAGGUGACACUCAAGAAACCAGAAGAAAAGAAACCGGAAGAAGUUCCAGAAAUAAUUGAAGAAAUCACGCUGAAGAAAAAACCCGAAAAACCAAUGGAAGAAGCUCCGGCAGAAAUAACUAUCAAGAAACCAAUUGUAGAGGAAAAAGAAAUAGAAGAAGAGGAAACAAUUACUGAAGUAACGUUGAAGAAAGAACCGAAGAAACCAGAAGAAAUUGUUGAAGAAGCAAUUGUAAAGAAGCCAAAGAAAAAACCUAUAAAGAAGGAAGAAGCCGAGGCCGAAAUUACGAUUAAAAAAGUUGAAAAUGAAGAAGUCGAAGAGAUUAAAGAAGAAGUGCUUAUACAGAAAAAGCCGAAAGAAAAGCCUACUCCAGAGGAAACAACUGAAGAAGUUAUUCUGAAGAAACCAAAAGAAAAGAUAUCUGAAGAAGUAACUGAAAAAAUAAAGAAACCUAAGGAAAAGAAGCCUGUGAAGGAAGAAGCUGAUAAAAUUACUGUAAAGAAACCUAUUGUAGAAGAAAAGAAGGAAGAGGAAAUUCCUGAACAAAUAACACUUAAGAAAAAGAAACCAAAAGAGAAACCAGUUCCAGAGGAAGUAAAAGAAGAGGUUACAUUAAAGAAACUAAAAGAGAAAGUGUCUGAAGAAACAACAGAACAGAUAGAAAUCAAGAAACCCAAAGAAAAGAAACUAGUUGAGGAAGAAGCAAUUGAUGAGAUCACCAUUAAAAAAUCAGUUCCUGUAGAAAAAGAAGAAGAAGAAAUUCUAGAAGAAGUGACUUUGAAGAAAAAGAAACCAAAAGAGAAACCAGUUCUAGAAGAAGAGAUAAAGGAAGAGGUUACAUUGAAGAAACCAGUACCAAAAGAAAAAGUGCCAGAAGAAACAAGCGAACAAGUAGAGAUAAAGAAACCGAAAAAGAAAAAACUUGUAGAAGAAGAAGCAGCUGAUGAAAUUACUAUCAAGAAACCUGUGCCUGUAGAAAAAGAAGAAGAAGAGAUUACAGACGAAGUUAUAGUGAAAAAGAAGAAACCUAAAGAGAAACCAGUUCUAGAAGAAGUGAAAGAAGAGGUUACAUUGAAAAAACCAGUACCAGAAGAAAAAGUGCCAAAAGAAGUAAGUGAACAAGUAGAGAUAAAGAAGCCGAAAAAGAAAAAACUUGUAGAAGAAGAGGCAGCUGAUGAAAUUACUAUCAAAAAACCUGUGCUUGUAGAAAAAGAAGAAGAAAAGAUUAAAGAGGAGGUUACAUUGAAAAAGAAAAAACCAGAAGAAGAAGAAGUCAUAGAAAAAGUGACUUUGAAGAAAAAGAAACCGAAGAAAAACCAGUUCCAGAAGAAGUAACGGAAGAAGUUACACUCAAAAAACCAAAAGAAGAAGAAAAAGUACCUGAAGAAGUAACCGAAAAAAUAGAAGUGAAAAAACCUAAAAAGAAAAGGCCGACAGUAGAAGAGGCUGCCGAUGAAGUAACGAUCAA